GAUGGCUACCGUAGGUCUCAAAAUACUUCCGCUAUUUCAGAGUUUGCAUUAGCGAAAAGGUGAAUCGGAAUAAGAAAGUUUUGGAUAAGUAAACUUCAUGAAAAUGACAGAAAGAAGGUUUGUUGGUGCUCUCCAAGGUAAAGGCAAGGCUGCCAAAAUGAGAGAAACAGUUUCUCAAGCCUUGAGAGAAAGUGCAAUCCAGGUGAACUAUUUUUUAAAAUUAAAUUUAAUAAUAACUUCAAACUUGACCACUUGACUUAAAUAACUGAUUAGCCUUAUAUAUAAUAUAAUAUUCUUUUGAUUCAUGAAAAAGUCGUAGAUUAAUAAAUAAGGCUAAUUUCGGUUCGGAGAGCCACUUUGAAUUUAGGCCGACUUAGGCUUAGUGGCUAAGCUUAGUUAGUAGAAUAGACCUAUAAAUUAUAGUUAAAUUGUAGUUGUUGGCUUGGUCUAGAAAUAGUAGGUGGAAGCAAACUAAUAUUAGAUUUUAUGUAUAUUUUCGAUUUCUGUAUUCUAAAAUUACAAUUUACUUAAAUUUAUUCAAAUAUUAAAAGAUUACGAAAUAUUAAAACAUUUACGAGAGCAAUUUCGUUUCCGGUGAAGAUACAAAAUAUGGAGAAAUUAAUUUUUUCUGUCCGGUGAUGGGAGGGUGAUGGGAGGGUGAUGAAACUAAGAAAGGUUUAUUAUUAACCUAGAAAAUAGAAUUUGGACUAUUUCAAAGUUAUUUCCAAUCCCAUUUGGAUGCUUAACCCAAUUCUUUAGGUUUCAAUGUUGUGCAAUUGCUGAAACUGAGUAUUUAAUGCAUAUUUAUAGCUUACCGUAUGAUCAAAGUGACACAACAAAAGAACAGAGAUAAAUCAAGUUGGUCACCGGAAGAAAAAUGUUUAUCGUAAUUGAUGACAAAGUAAAUGUACAAAUAGGAAACUGUGACGUAAAACGCAUAAAUCCGAGGUUACCGUAGAAGCGAUUGUAAGAUGGCCACUUCAGUUUUUGCAUCUUUUUUCCAUAUGCGCAAACUGAAUGCGCGAGCCAUUAUUGAUAUGCCUACUAAAUAAAAAGAUUGGUUUUUGCUUGUCUAGGCUUUGGUGGGGAUUGAACUCCAGUCCACAAUCUUGGGAUUGACUUAGCUUAGACGGCUUUGCCACCCAUCACCCUUUCUAUCACUUAAGACUUAUCAGGUUAUAAUUUAGGCUUUGUCUUUAAAUGUAUUAAUUCUAAAAACUGGGAUAGAAGUUUAACCAUUUUAAAACAGUUUUCCGCUUUUAACUUUUUUGUUUUUAAAGAUAUAAUUACUAAAAUUUGAGGAGGCAAAAUAAAAUAUUGAAUGAACCCAGCACAUUAUAAUUAGUUGAACAUUAAUUAUGUAUAUUUUGUGAACCAUGAUAUAUGGAUAUUGUGAUUGUAAGUAACGACAGUUGGGAAAAUCAAUUUCUUCUUUUAUGAAAAGUGAUCAAACAUUCAAACUUAUACAGCUAAAAUUUGCAGCACAAUCAGACAGUUUCCUUCUGAAGGAAAAGGAAGAUUUUUAAGUUGAAAACUAGAUUUUGAAAUAAUCUAAAAAUGUAAAAAUUAUCAAAACAACAGUAUCAUAGUACAUUAAUCUGAUAAAAAUAUUACAAUGAAAUUUUCUGUAAGUGGAGAAUGUAUUAAUCUGAAAGUAUAAGAAAUGUUUCUACAAAAGUUUUUUAAAAAGUCUAAUUAAUCUAGGCCUAGAAAAGAAAGAAUUAAAGAAGUAUAUACUAUGACAUGAUAACCCAUUCUCUGCCCCUAUCUUGGUCACAUCAAAUCCUUUUGUACUUUUAUCUUCUAUUUACUUAAACAUAAUUUUUAGUUUACUAUCAGUUCUUAGUUUGUUCUCUGACUAAAGAACAGCAAAUGCUAUUUUAUUCGCUAAGUUUUUUUUGCAUGUUUUUUUUUAAUACUUUUUUUUUUCUUGUUAGCCGAAGAAGGCUUUUGGCUGACAUGUUUUUAAGUCUUGCCAAUUGCCAUUGGUUUUUUUUUCCUUCUUGGAAUGUUAAUUUAAUGUGUGGUCUUUGUUUCUAUACCUAGUGCAGAAAAAAAAUAAACCAAGGCAAUAUUAUUCAACAUUAAACAGAAUUAAAGUCACAGGUUAAAACUGAAAUUGGAGUCGCCUGCGCCCACAAAAUUUCAAAUGAAAAGUUUCAUUGUUGAUCUAAUCUGUUAUGAAAGUACCUACCAUACUGGAAUGACUUGGCAUACUGUUAUUAUGGAGAGAAUUCAUACAAAGAUGUUUUGAAAUAGUUAUGUUCACUUUUUAAAUAGAGAUCUUCCUCUAAUUACAUUUUUUAUUCCCGUUGAAAGUCUAAAUUUUAAGUAACUGAUUUUUUUUUAAUGCUUUAAGUAGGCUUUUCAACUGAAUUAUAUUCUAUCAUAUGCCACAGCAUAGUGAAGAUCAGUUUUUAAAAAAAGAAGCUUAAACAGUUAAGCACAAUUAACUAUCUAAAAUUAAAUCUGAGUACUUCUUAUCACCACCAUCUGCACUCUAUCUUAGGGGUCCUUAACCUUUUUGCAGCGCUACACUCGCUCUAGAUUUCAGAACAAUCCAUGCACCCUCACCUCAAUUUCGAAACAUGAUAAAAGAUGCAAAUAAAAAUGCAGAUAAACCCAUAUUAGUAAUAUGACUGUUAACAACUCUGAAGCGUUGGGGGGGGGACAUUUAUUUUAUACAAAUGAAGCACAUUUUUUUGGGAAAGUGUUUGUUCUUUUAAAAGUAUUUUUAAUAUUGUUUCAUAGUUAAAUCAAAUUGAGUUUUUUUAAACUAAUUUUAAAUGGUCCUAACUUGGCUUGAAAUAUUUUUGAAAUUUGGGUUUUGUAAAUAUUUAAAUCUAUUGAAAGUCUGUGUGGACUUUUUUAAGGAGGGCUGACAAUAAUAAAAUUUUGCACUAUAUUUUAACAUUUUUAUUAAUUUGUCGGCUAUUAAAAAAUUUUAAUAACUGCCUUUACAAAAUAUAAUUGUAUGGUAAAUGGUAAAAGUAUGUAAGUACAAAGAUAUAGAAAAUGUUUUAAUUUUAUUUUGUUUAAUUUUUGUGACAAUGCCCUCAGUAUCAACUUCUAAUGAGGUCUUGUGUGAGUAUAGUGUGUAACUUUGAUCAAAUGCAUUUUUUUUCACUCUAUUUAUCUUUUAUACUGACUUUAUCAAUAUUUUUUUUAUAAAUAUUGUUUUAACCCUUUUAUUACCGCUGGUUUUUGGGGGGCAUCGAUUUUUGCUGACACAGCAAUAAAAAACUUUUAUUUUUAUUUUUUUUAUAAUAAUAAUAAAACAAAAAUUAAAAAAGAAAAAAGAAGAAGAAAUUUCCAGUAUUUUUCAUUCUCUAUCCGAUUCGCUUUUAACUUCUCUAUAGAUUAAUGAAUAAAGAAAUAUAGCAUUGAAAUAUGACGUCGACGUGACGUCCGUGGUAUUUCAGAAAAGUUUUUUGCCUCUUUGUUAUGACAACAAUAUGACGUCCUUGGUAAUUGAAAGUGGAUGAUCAUGACGUCGCGUCAACGUCAUCGAUAGCGAAAGGGUUUAAUGGCACCAGAUUUUUUUUCUAACUAUCACAUUUAAUUGAAUCAAGUUUUUUACAUUUUCAUUUUUUGAUCUUGAUUUGUCAAUUUUUGAGUUUCUGUCAAGUUAUUAUAAUUAUGUAAUUUUAAUUUGGUUUGUAAUGUUAAAAAAUUUGAUCUCUUUACUGGGUUCCAAUGAUCGUAAUCUUAAUUUCACUCCUUAUUUUCAAAAGGAUUCUUCUUCUUUAAAAUUAAGCUCCGCUCUAUUCAGUCAAUAAAUUCCCAAAAUGCCCUCCUGAAACUAAAUUAAACACCUAAAGGACCAAAAAAAUUAAAAAGAAAUAAAUUUAAAUCUUGUUGUAUGUGGGAAGAUUAAAUGUUUGAAAUAUUACAUUAAAGAGCUUCCACUCAGAAUGAUGCCAUCAGUGCUGUGGGCACCUGAGUAAUUAUUUAACCCAUCUUGUAGCACUGGUUGUUGAGCUUCAUCAUCACACAUCAACAAUGACAUUUUAUUUAUGGUGUGAUAUUUUUCCAUGUGAUAAAAAUAACUCAUUCAUCUCUUAUAUAUAUUUUGCUUCUGGUGUGUCCUGCUUCCAUUUCAAAAGCGCCCUCACCCCAACUCCAAAGGUUCUCCAUAGUCCUGAGUGAAAAAAGGCUGUCAUGCUAGACAAGUGAACUCAGAAAACAAAUUUGGGGAGCGGGGUGGGUUCUAUUAUAUUAAUCAAUAAAGAGUCAUAGGUAUGGAGUAGGACUAUCUGGUGUAGGCCCAUUGCUUAAAGGCUGGCAGGUAGGGCGUAGGACUGUCUGUAGGCCUAUUGUUUCAAGGCCGCAGGUAAAGAAAGGUUAGGACUGUCUAAAGGACAAUUUCUCAAAAUACCCUGACCCGGUUUUAAAAAAAACUGCACCCGGUUAAGCCCUAGCAGCUAAUGAAAUGAUAAGAAGGAAUGGUUGAUUCAGUGUUGAUUUAGUCACAGUGUCAGCAAUUUAAGGAAUUUCUAGUAUCUUGGUGUCAGUAAAAAAUAUGAGCAGAGAACUAGUGACAAAUAUAAACCCUUCAGUUAAUACAUGCAAUAAAAAUCAUUGCCGAGAAUGUUUGUCAGGAGAAAAGGAAUAGCGGAUUCUGUGGGGGAGGGGGGGGGGGGUAAAACAACACCACCUGUUUUUGUCUGUAUUGGGUAUGUCCACCUCCACAUUCCCCUCCCCCUUUUCUCACUGUCAUUUCAACCUUUCUCUACCUUAACCUGUGCAGCCAUGGGGGUUGGGGGGGGGGGGGGGGGGGGGUAAAACAACACCACCUGUUUUUGUCUGUAUUGGGUAUGUCCACCUCCACAUUCCCCUCCCCCUUUUCUCAAUGUCAAUUCAACCUUUCUCUACCUUAACCUGUGCAGCCAUCAGUGAUGUAAUUACAGAUAACCUGGUUGGGCCAAAAAAAUACCAUUGUACCUGCCAGUUUUGCUGCUGGAAGAGGAGGAGGAGGAGGCGGCGGGCACCUGUAAACAUUCAACAUCUCUAACCCUUUCUUGUUUUUUUUUGGUCGUUUUUUUUCACUUCUUUCACUAAGCUUGUACAGAUUCAAUGUUUUAUUUUUGUACAGCCAAGCAUUGAUCGGACACAAUAUAUGCAUGGGACUGAGGAUAGUAACCCCCACAUCAUCUCAUCUUUAGCCAUAACAUCAUUGUUUCCAUUAUUUGUUGACAAACAAAUUAUUAUUAUUAUAGGGGACGUUCGUGAAAAUCCAUUAAGAAAUGGAAUAGAAAAUUAAAAUAAAUUAAAAAACUAGAACAUUAAUUUUCUCUCUCAUUUAGCAUUUAUAAUUUCCAAGAUGUUUGGAUAGGGAAUAGGUCAUUAGUAGAGGAUUGGCAGUUGGUCUGAAUUCCUGCGUAAAAGAAACCAAAGCAAGUGAAUUGACUAGUCUCCACUUUAGCGACCAAGUGAUUCAAAUAAAUGGUGUAGAGUAGUGCCCCUUUUUUUUUCUCUUAUUUGUAUAGUGUACUUAAACUAAUUUCAAAAUUCUAUAACGUACCUAUUCAAGUAUACAAAAAAAAAAAAAAGAGUUAAAUAUUGGGAUGUGUAAGUGACUGCCAGCAUCCAUCUUACUUCGAAGAUCCCCUUGUUGGUAGAAUAGGAGAAAAGAACAAAUUAGAGAAUUGCAUUUUAGCUUCUACUUUAAAAGCAAAACCAUUUUUUUUCCUUCAACAUUGCAAGGGUGCAGAAAAUGGGUGGGUACAUUUUUAAUGAUGAGACCAAUAUAUCAGAAUGGCUUGUAGAAAGAUUAAAUAGAAAAUUAGGAUUCAACAAAAUUCAAAUCACGGCUGGCAGCAUUGUUACCAAAUUAUUCACAUAGGUCUGGUUGUAUUCACUAUUAGAGCUCGAGUUGAUUAGGUAGGUUGGUUAUAACAUUAAGAUAGUUUGUAUUUGCUCAUAAAACCCUCCCUGCCAUAUGAGACAACUCAGGUGAAACUUGUCCAUUAACCCCUACCUGCCAUAUGAGACAACCCAGGUGAUACUUGUCCAUUAACCCCUACCUCCCAUCUCAGACAACACAGGUGAUACUUGUCUAUUAACCCCUACUUCCCAUCUCAGACAACCCAGGUGACACUUGUCUAUUAACCCCUACUUCCCAUCUCAGACAACCCAGGUGACACUUGUCUAUUAACCCCUACUUCCCAUCUCAGACAACCCAGGUGACACUUGUCUAUUAACCCCUACCUCCCAUCUCAGACAACACAGGUGAUACUUGUCUCUUAACCCCUACCUCCCAUCUCAGACAACCCAGGUGAUACUUGUCUAUUAACCCCUACCGCUCAUACCUAAACUGAGGACUCAAAUAAUGACAUUUUAAAAUAUCGUCUGGCAGAUUCAUAGAUCCUAAUUACUUAUUAAGUUUAUCUUUAAUUGAAUUGAAUAAGUCUUUUCUCUUAGUUGUUACUAAUUUAGUCACUCCCCCCCCCCCCCCCCCCACCCCCCCACCUUUUUUUUUUUUUUUCCUUCUGACUUUUACUGGGGGAAANACAAUUCUGAAAGGAAGCUUGAUAGAAAGAAAGGCGUCUCUGUUACCUUAUCAUCAGAGGAUGAAAGGUUUGUGAUAAAAUAUGACAUUCUGUUUACACUGAAAGAUUUUCUUCUUCUCUUUUUUUUUUUUUUUUAAUAUCUUUUUGUAACUUGUAGAAAGAGUUAAAAGAUUUGGAAAUCAUUCUUCAACUGUUAGGAUAUCAUUGUGAAACUUUGAAUUAAGCCUGAUUUGGGAAUUGUGUGUACCGUAAAUGACUACAGUGAUCAUUUUCUCUGACACAAAUUUAGAUUUAGUUGAAGGUUGAGUCGCUAAUGCCAGUCUGUGAUCAGAGUCUGCUAGCACUCUAAAAAAAAAAUUAAUUGAAAAUAUUUUUAGACUACAGGAUUAAAGGAUGCAUUUGUGUUCGCUGUGACAAUAGAGCUUUAUAAAUAUGUAUUGAAUUGUAUUGUUAGCAUCUGCAGCCUGGGUCUCCUGUGUAUUGUUACUUUCUAGUAUAUAAAAUAAUAAUUAAGCAUUCUAGAUCGGGAGCUAAGUUUAUCUUCUCCUAUGUCUUGUUACUUUCUAGUAUAUGAAAUAAUAAUUUAGCUUUCUAGAUCGGGAGCUAAGUUUAUCAUCUCCUGUGUCUUGUUACUUUCUAGUAUAUGAAAUUAUAAUUUAUCAUACUAGAUCCGGAGCUAAGUUUAUCCAUUUAUAUCAUGAAAUUAUUUUAUCAUUGUGACCCUUUGGGAGAUUUCUUCUUGAGCUGUUGUGAGUGGCAGCUUGUAAAUCACUGCACUUGUUAAAGUAUUCACUAGCUGUGUUUGUCUUUAUUCUUGUUCAAGUUAGUCAAUCUCCUUGCUUCCUGGAAUGACAUUCCAGUUAAGCCAGGGGAUUUAGUUUACUUUAGUUUCAGUAUAGGGGCAGGGCUCAGUUUUUGUGGAUUAGGCAUGGCUGAAACUGGUGCAUGCCAGAGCUUUCUUCUUGCAAACACACAAACACACACACACACACACACACAAACCCAGCAGUGUUUCUCAAACUGUGAUUUCUUGUUAUGAAUUGAACGGAUCACGUUAGAUCUGCUGGUAUCACAUUUGAACUGUGGUGGCGUUGGGUCCAGAAAAUUGUACUAAAAUUUGUUGGGAAAAUAACAAUUUGAGAAAUGCUGCUGUCUAGCUGGUGUAGGAAGCUGUGAAAUAUGAUGACAGUGGGGCGGCUAGUUCUGUUGGCACAAAUGCACACUCAUGGAACGACUCUGGCAUUUCAGUGGGCUAGACUUUAUGUCAAGCCUAAAUAUCAGAGGGGAGACAUUAGUGUGCUUAUCAAAUAUUGAAAAAAAGCUCAAUACAUCUCAUGGAGAAUGCAUUGGUCAUAUUAUGUUGGGAGAGUUAAGGUCAUUGUUUGAGAUUGUCAGUAGAAGCAAACUUCUGAAUUAUAACCUUGUGAUUGUUGUUUGAUAUUAGUGAUUUUAAUUUUUCUGGCCCCCUGCAUAGAGGUUGGGUGUGUCCUCAUGUGAGAAUCAUGGUCAAUUUGCAGAUCACUGGAUAGGGCUUUGUUGUCCGUAUAUUGGAACACUUGUCAUUAGCAGGUCACCAGACAGGGCUUUGAGGUCUGUAUGUGAGAACCCCUGGUGUAAAUGCUUUAAAAAUGCUGAUUAGAAUGUCUUACCAUUAAAAAUAGAUUUAGAGUCAUUGAAAGGACGGAAUAAACACUGUGUGUAAAAAAAAAAAAGUGCGGGGGGGGGGCAAAGGCCCCAGGGUUAAAUGUAGCCAUGGUUUUGUUUGUGGUCCACUGACAUGAAGUAAAUAAAGGCCACCAGCACAUUUUAAAAAUGGUGAUUAGAAAUGCUUAACAUUAAAAAUAAAUUUAGAGGCAAUGAAAGGACGGAAUAAACACUGUGUGUAAAAAAAAAAAAAGUGCGGGGGGGGUGCAAAGGCCCCAUGUUUAAAUGUAGCCAUGGUUUUGUUUGUGGUCCACUGACAUGAAGUAAAUAAAGGCCACCAGCAAACAACCAGUAACAUUGUUACAGCAAUGGUUGGCAAGUGGCUGGAAGGUGUGGUGGAGCAUGGCAUUCAUAAAUAGUGUGUAUUUCAAGUCAUUUCCACAGGCUUAAAUCUCGCUUCAAACAUCUCGUAAAGGUCGCUGUUGCUUGGCACCCCCAUUAUCAGAAAAACUUAAACAUUUAACAACCAUUUAAAAAUUCCUUUAUGUGAGCGACACAUUUGAAUGAUUAAAUCCUACUGUUAUAUUGUUCACAAGCAUUUUUGGUUAUCCUGUUUACAUAAUUUAUUCAAGAGUGUUCACAUAUUUUUGCAGUCGCCUCUUGCUGUUAAUGAGCUCAUGAUUGAUGUCUUGUCAUUGUGAUUGAGCUUUAGGCUAUAACUGAUUUUUUAAUUUUUUUUUUAUUUGAAGAGUACAACAAAAUAUCUGUAUAGAAAUGUCCUUCUCAUCAAACGUAAUCUGUGACAAAAAUGACUCAUGAUGUUGGAUGUGUGUUGGACAGGAGGUUUGCCAAGGAUUCUCCCCCUCUCACACAGUUCUCUAUGAUGUAGCUAUAUAGAACUGGUCACUACUGUUUUGAGACUUAAAUUCUAAGGUUUUAUUGUUUUGUUUCAAGAUUGCUGCAGAUUGAAGAUUUUUUUCAAAAGCUAGUUUUCUGAGUGUUUUAAAAGGGAGAUAUUGAUGAGUGUGAACAUAAUUUACUGUAUUUUUCUGUAUGGAUCUGUGCUGUCUCUCGAUAAAUCACAAUUUGAUUCACUUGGUGAACAAACCAACAAAAAAUAUCCUGACCGGAAUAGUAAAAUAUAUGCUGUAAAAAUGAGUGGACCAAGGCUCUGAACUAAAUGACUUCCGAGUCAGAAACUACUCUCCUCUGUCAGUGUCUCUCGACUUUGUUAAGAAAUUAUUAGGUUUUAAUACACUGAUAAAGUCUGAUCAUAUCAUAAAAACACGGAUUUUAUAAAACAAUAUACCAUUCAAAAUAAUUCAAAGUAUUUUUUAAAGGAUUGUUAAAUCACUUUAAAAUUCUUAAUAUAAAAUAAGUUGGCUCCCAACAAUAAAAAAAAAUUCCACAUAAACUCAUAGUAGAGAAAAGAGAAGAUGGCCACAUUUUGAGUUGUUUUGGUAUUAAAUAUUUCCAUAUCAGAGAAGAAAUGGUACUUUUCCUGUAGUGUUAACAUUCAUUAACUUAAAAGAAGGUAGACAGACAAUCCUGAUUUGAAGAGGUUUUUUUAACAAAAGUUAAAAGUUUGUUUUUUUACCUACCAGUUUGUCACAACUUUUGAACGCAAGAGCUCUCAGAAAACAGUUACUUUGCCAAAAUGUGACUUAACAAGCUGGCCUCUGAUUUUGACAGCCUUGUCAAAUAUUCUAUCACAGUUGCUAGUUAUUGUCAUUUACUUGAUCUUAAAAGAAAUAUUUUUAGCAUAAAACACAUUGCUUUUGUUCCAAAUUAAAGCCAUAGAGAAAUAUUAAUCUUUUAAGUCAUAGAAGCUAUUAUUUUCUCUGGCCGGUUCUCAAAGUUUUGAUAACACAGAACCAAGAAAAACCAUAUUUUUUAAAAUUCUAAACGGAGCGAUUCAAUCAAUAAAUUCUUGAUACAUUGAGUGUUUAGUUUUCAUACAGUCUACUCAUGUUCACAAAGAAUUCUGUGUAAUUGAUGCUUUCACUUUGAUUAAGAUGUGUUUUCGCAGUGUUAAUUAAGAAUUUAAAAAGUGAUUUGUUUCUGAAUAUUUCCAUCAUUAUGAGUGCUGUGAUGACAGAGAGUCCACUUCAUUUCAUUGCUAUGAUAUUUUGUGAAAAUGAUUUCAUUUUGAAAUGGGAACUAAAUUAAAUUUAAAGAUGGAUCCAGAGCUGACAGAUUUUUUUUUUUUUUACAUCAUCCAUUCACUAGGUUAUUUAUAUCUGGCCAUUUGUUCCUCAUUGCUCUUACUGUAUAGCGAUUUGUUCUGAAUGAAGAGUUUUAGUUACAUAUGAUGAACAAAGGACUUUAACUUGGUCUUAAGCUGGUUUAACUUGGUCAUAAGCUGGUCGGGUCUUUAAAACUCUGAAUAAGAUGAACAAGGACUUUAACUUGGUCAUAAGCUGGUUGGGUCUUGAAAACUCUGAAUAUGAUAUACAAGGACUUUAACUUGGUCAUAAGCUGGUCUGGUCUUUAAAACUCUGGACAUCUAAUAAGAAAGAAAUCAUGCCAGUUCAGCGCAACAAGUCACUUCCAUCUCAGCUUACUUCUGUAAUGAUUCAUCAUCGUUCCCAUUUUCAACAAUCUCCAAGAACUGGGAAUGAAAAGUUUCCCAAUUCAGUAAAUACUGACCAGGUCCACCUGGUAGGUUCUGUAUGCAUAAUCAUAUAGUGUUAAAACUGCUCUUAUUUUCAUGGAUCAAGGCCCUUGUCUGUUGACAUGCAUUAAAAUAGAAAGAUAAAAGGGAAUUAUAAAAACACUAAUCUAAGUUUCAUUGACAUAAUCACUCAGAUGGGGCAUAAUGGAUUAUUGACAUAAGACAUGCAUUUUAAGCAAAAAUUAAAUUAAAGGAUCUUGUAAGGUUAUUUUCAUUAGUUUUAAGAAAGAAACCAUUGGGCCAAUUGCUGAUAUUGAAAAUAAUGUUUUAAUUUGAUUAAAGUUUACUGUAAUAUCUUUUUUUCCCCUACAACCAUUUGUCAACAGAAUAAAGUUAAGCCGCAACCAAUGGCAUAACCAUACCACUUGGCUACAUUAAAAGGUCAACGGGGUGGGGUUAAGAUGCUUUUUUGUUGUUGUUUUUUCUAGUCAAUUUAAAAAUUUGUUAAAGGGCUCAUAACUUCUAAAAUGUCUGCUUGAGACGACUACUCUCCCCCUCCUUUCACCAAAUACCUCAGCUGCAGCAUUAGUGUCGAGUUACCCUAAUGAGUUGAACAACAGUUGAGAGGCAGUCAUCUGGUAAAUACCAAUUACAAAAAAAUUUGAUCAAUGAAGAGUUUUUACCAAACUUGUACUUAUUCCAGUCAAUACCCAAAUUGUGGUUCCAUCGUUUGUCUUACAAAACUUAAACAGUAAUGCAAAUGUUUAUUACAUUUCCUACUCAGUCUAGACCCAAGCUCGUUGAACCCGUGGACUAUGAAACUUUUGUGGUCAAGAAUAAAGUCCUGCUCCACAAUGACCCACAGAGGGACAUGCUUAAUUUCCCACAUGAUGAUGUGGAGCAGCCGGUAGGUGUCACAUUCUGUGAGGGUGGGGAAAAUGUAUUUUGUUGAAACAAGGUGUAACAGAAAGAUUUAAUUGAAUGGUCACGGUUCAAUGACAUUUAGGCUAGUAUGUGCACUGUUCAAAUUUAACACAUUUGGCCAAAACCAUGAUGAAAUAAUUACAUUUGGAUACAACAUACAUUUGUACAAAGGGUUUAAGAAUAAUAGGUGACAAUUUAACCCGCAGUCAAGUCUUACGUGCGUCACUCUCUCUCUCUCACACAGCCACCCACCCCUGUGCGUAAGACUCGAACGGUGGUGUCCACGGUUCCAGCUAAUGCUGCCCAAGAGGUGACCAGCCUGAUGGUCAAGGAAUGCAUAAAGACAUACACCAGUGAGCUGCAGAUGAUCAAGUUCAAGUACCAGGCCUACGCCGGCAGCUACCAGCAGCUACCCAAGUACGUCUGACCAAAGGGCAGCACUUCAUUUUCUUUUUAAGACAAAUUUUCUUUUAAGACAUUUUAGUUCACCAUUGCUUUAAAGCAUAUAUUUACUAAAAACUUUAAAAAAAAAAAAAAAACUGUAAAAAAAAAAAAUGCAUGUCUUUUCAACAUAAAAAUGUCAUCUUAACCUUGCUGUAGCUACCCAAGUACGUCUGACCAAAUGGCAGCACUUCAUUUUCUUUUUAAGACAAAUUUUCUUUUAAGACAUUUUAGUUCACCAUUGCUUUAAAGCAUAUAUUUACUAAAAACUUUAAAAAAAAAAAAAAAAACUGUAAAAAAAAAAAUGCAUGUCUUUUCAACAUAAAAAUGUCAUCUUAACCUUGCUGCUAUUGGCACAUGGGUUGUAACAAAAAUAUUUUGGCAUGAAACCAGAGACACCUCAAGUUUUAGUUAGAGUCAAGUUUGUUCAGCUCUGCUUGUCUAAACAUUUCAAGAGCAUUAACAUUUUCAACUUUGUGUCCUCUUAGUACAUUAUUAGAUUAUUGGUAUUGAGCUAUGGGGAAUGUCUUGGAACUAAUUAUCAGGUCAGUCAAAGAUAACUCUUGUGGGGGGCAGGGGGGCUGUCAGGGAGUAAUCAGUUAUGACGAUGCAGGGUACCUUCUUCUUCUUCUUAGAUUUGAGGGGGGCCCAUGAUCAAUUUAAGUAAUUCUCUCCUUUUAUAUAUUUUAGAUACUAAGAUUUUUAUAUGACAUCUCUGAGCAGAAUCUUUCAUUAAAAAAAAAAAAAAAAAAACUCUUUGUAACUUUUGUCACUAAAAUGUUACAUGUAUUCUUCUUAAAGGCUGCUUCUCAAACUAUCUCUUGUGUUGAAUUAUUUUUUUGUUAUUUCCAGAACCCUGUCANAAUUUUUCAUUAAAAAAAAAAAAAAAAAAAAACUCUUUGUAACUUUUGUCACUAAAAUGUUACAUGUAUUCUUCUUAAAGGCUGCUUCUCAAACUAUCUCUUGUGUUGAAUUAUUUUUUUGUUAUUUCCAGAACCCUGUCAUACCAGCGCUUCGCAAACUAUCUCUUGUGUUGAAUUAUUUUUUUGUUAUUUCCAGAACCCUGUCGUACCAGUGCUUUGCAAACUAUCUCUUGUGUUGAAUUAUUUUUUUGUUAUUUCCAGAACCCUGUCGUACCAGUGCUUCUCAAACUAUCUCUUGUGUUGAAUUAUUUUUUUGUUAUUUCCAAAACCCUGUCAUACCAGUGCUUCUCAAACUAUCUCUUGUGUUGAAUUAUUUUUUGUUAUUUCCAGAACCCUGUCAUACCAGUGCUUCUCAUACUAUCUCUUGUGUUGAAUUAUUUUUUUGUUAUUUCCAGAACCCUGUCAUACCAUUGCUUCUCAAACUAUAUCUUGUGUUGAAUUAUUUUUUUGUUAUUUCCAGAACCCUGUCAUACCAGUGCUUCUCAAACUAUCUGUUUUGUUGGAUUAUUUCUUGUUAUUUCCAGAUGCCUCUCCUACCAGCAUUAUUGUAGAAAUGACAUCUAAUUUGCUACCAAUAACUGUGAUCCUUUCUAAAUCAUGUUACCUUUUUUUUAUAAUUAAUCUGUCAGUGUUACAAAGAAGGAACCUCUCCAGGAACAUAUAUUUGAAAUUGAUGCAGAGGUGGAGGAAAAAGAUGAUGUAAGAUUUCUUUAUGAUAUAAAAUAAAUAAUGAAUGGGGUUUUUUUUCAUAUUAAAAGAAAAAAUUUAUGGUUUUAAAAAAAGUUGGAAAUAAAUAAUUUAUGGUUUAAAAAAAAAAAAGUUUAAAAUAAAUAAUUCAAGGUUUUAAAAAGAAAGUUUAGAAUAAAUAAUGUUUGGUUUUAAAAAAAAAAAAAGGUUACUCUGGAAACGUGUUAUGUUAAACAGAAACCAAAAAAUUAAAAAAAAUGUCAUUGGGCAAGUCUUACUGACAGCAUAUAAUAGCAACAAGAGAGAAAGUUCUCUGAUGCAGCAUCAUUGCAUCUUCACCUUGCCACACAACUAGAAGUAAUUGUUCAACCUUUGCCACACAGCAUUCAGAUGUGCCAGUUUACUGUCAGAGUAAGCAGUAGGGUGCGUUGCCACGCAGCAUUCAGAUGUGCCGACUUACUGUCAGAGUAAGCAGUAGGGUGCGUUACCACACAGCAUUCAGAUGUACCAGCUUACUGUCAGAGUAAGCAGUAGGGUGCAUGGAGAUUAUCAUCAUUACAGUUUAAAGCUGUUAUUAUUAUUAUUUCCAUCUUCUUUAGAGAAAAAAUCGUCCUGAAAUCUUCUUCUUAUUUACUUUUAUUAAUUUAAAUUGAAAUCUUGGCGACACACCUGUUAAUCUUGGUGACACAGCUGUGAAUCUUGGUGACACACCUGUUAUUCUUGGCGACACAGCUGUGAAUCUUGGUGACACACCUGUUAAUCUUGGCGACACAGCUGUGAAUCUUGGUGACACAGCUGUGAAUCUUGGCGACACAGCUGUGAAUCUUGGUGACACACCUGUCAAUCUUGGCGACACAGCUGUGAAUCUUGGUGACACACCUGUUAAUCUUGGCGACACAGCUGCGAAUCUUGGUGACACACCUGUUAAUCUUGGCGACACAGCUGUGAAUCUUGGUGACACACCUGUUAAUCUUGGCAACACACCUGUGAAUCUUGGUGACACGUCUGUGAAACUUGGUGACGCUCCUAUGAACCUUAGUGACACACCUAUGAACCUUGGUGACACACUAGUUGAAGACCCGGCUCUAGAGUAUAUAAUAUAAAACAUCUUUCGAUUGUUUAGUUUAUACCAGCAGCACCAUGCCACUUAUAGCCUUAUGUAGGUUGAGGUAGCCCUAUAUAGGCUGAGGUAGCCCUAUGUAGGUUGAGGUAGCCCUAUAUAGGUUGAGGUAGCCCUAUGUAGGUUGAGGUAGCCCUAUGUAGGUUGAGGUGGCCAAAUGGGGGUUGAGGUGGAUAUGUGUGGGUUUGAGGACAGCCACAUGAGGCCAGUGAAUUGCAGACGUCAUAGUGCUACAUAGCAUUUGAAACACGUGCUUAUCAUUUGCUUCCCUGUUGUCUUCUCAGGACACAAUGAGUCAUGGCUUUAUGUCUGUCGUCAUUAAGAAAGGUUGGCUGUUGAAAGGACCUGAUGGGGGAAAAGACAACAUCAUUAGUUUUACUAAGGUCAGUCAUGUGCUCAUGCUGUUUGUUUAAUCAUCCCAAAAUAUUUGUAGACUGUGGUAAAAACAACAAAUAUUUUGGCUUAAUCUUUUUCCAUUUAAUUUUUUUUUAAUUUAAAUUUUCAAUAUCUAAAAUUACAUUAAAAUUUACCAGCAAUUAUGAUCAUGUUACAUUAAAAAUUAACCAGAAAUUUAUGAAUAUGUCUUGCUGAAAUAUUUUAGUUUUUGCUAUCUGUAACAUAAUGAUAUUUGAUGUUAAUUUGCAGUUGAGUUGAAAAGCACUAUUUUCUGUCAGAGAAGUGAUACAUAGAUAUAAAUAUAGAUAAGGGGAACUACAAGAGAAAAAUUAUAGUCGCCUCCAGUCAUCCCUUAAAUAUACACAAACAUAUACACAUAACAGAAAUUAAUCACUAUAUAAUGUCGCUUAUUUUAGCACUAGGUAUACUUAUUUAUUAAAUUUGUUAAACUUGCUUCACUUCAUAUCAUUACAAUAUCACUGUUACAGUGACAAACUCUAAAUGAAUUCAAACUUCAAAGUUAAUUUAGCCAAUUUGAUUUUGACUUGUCUAACCUGGCAUACUUUGUUCUUUCCAUAGCAAUUCAAGCGUAGAUUCUUCCAACUAAAGCAGCAGUCUGACUACACGUACUUGCUAGAAAUUUUUAAGGACGAUAAGAAAUCUGAUGUCAAGGGAGCCAUCUUUCUAGACUUGGCCACUGAAGUUGUUAAGGUGCUCAUGUUUAUAAUUGCUAUCAUAGGCCCUUGAUUGCUACCAUUGGUCCUUGGUUGCUACCAUUGGCCCUUGAUUGCUACCAUCGGCCCAUGGUUGCUACCAUCAGCCCUUGAUUGCUACCAUCGGCCCUUGAUUGCUACCAUCGGCCCUUGGUUGCCACCAUCGGUCAUUGAUUGCUACCAUUGGCCCUUGGUUGCUACCAUUGGCCCUUGGUUGCUACCAUUGGCCCUUGAUUGCUACCAUUGGCCCUUGUUUGCUACCAUUGGCUCUUGAUUGCUACCAUUGGCCCUUGAGGGAGCUGUGUAACCCAUUUAGAAAAUUCAUCAAAUAUAUGAAAUUUUUAAUAAGAUAUGGUAGUCUUAUAGGUUAUUAAACUUCCAUAUUCUUACAGAAAUAAUGGUAAAUUUACCUGUUGGCUUAAAUUCAUGAGGACAAAAUAGAAUAACAUUUUUAUGGGCAUUUGUUAUGAGAUAUAAAUCUAUACUUAAAUGUGACUUUUCAAUAAUCUUGUUUUUUUCAUGCCCCAGAACCCCAAGAAAGGAAAGUUUUGUUUUGAGAUCAAAAUGACUAACCGUCAGCCAUGUUUGCUGGCAGCAGAGAAUGAAGCAGAGGCCCAUGAUUGGAUAACAACAUUAAACAAAGUAAUUAAUUCUGCUGACACUGCUUCCCAAGCUUCAAGAGAAAGCAUCAAAGGUAAGCUUUACAAUGAAUCCAAAAAAUCACUAGCAUAAGGUGACCAUUUGUAUUGUUCUUACCACGACAAAACUGUUUUUUAGAUCUUGUCGUGGUUUGUUGUGAUUUGAAAUCAGUACAGUUUUUAAAAUAUUAAAAAAUAAUUUUAUUUAAGUAAUUUAUCAAAAGAUCCAGUGCAUCUGAAAUACAGGCAUGAAUAAUUGACCCAACUGGUGUGAAAUUUUAAAGUGCCCUGGUUUUGAAUUUAAAAUGUCUUUGUUUUAAAUUUGAAGUGUUAAAAUGUCCCGGUUUUGAUUUUGAAAAAAAAAAGUGGUCACCGUAUACUAAUGACAAACAGAUAAAUGAGCAAAAGCCAUGAUGGUGAUUGAACCCUGAUUAAGAGCAAGCUUGUUCAGUCUUCAAAUAAUUCAAAUUAGUAAUUGUAUUGCAUUGGAGGAAAACGGACAUUAAAAAUUGUUGGCAUCCUUCAAAUUGUUCUUUUGGAGGAAGAAAUAGCGUGUUAGCAGUUUCAAUUGAGUACGGGUCUUAGGAAAUAUCGUAAUUAACAUUUUUUUUAAAUUUUUUUUUUUUCACAAGUAUUUCUUAUGGAAUGUGACAAAAGGUCUUCAGUUUUUUUUUUCUACAUGUGUGUCAUAAAUUAUUGUUAAAAAGAAAUUUUAGAGUUGUAUUAAUAUCAUGUUACAUUACUGUACCACUGUUAGCGAACUGCUUCUUUUUUUUUACUCAACAUCAUUUUCUUGUUAUACUUAGGUGUCUAGAUACUUUGAUCUAAGGCCAGCAUUUUGUAGAUCAUGUUUCUAAACUGUAGUGGGACCCUCUCUUCUUGCUGCUGCUACUUUAGUUUAAGGCAUUAAGAGCAAUCUUCCAACAUUUGACCCUUCAUUUACACAUUUUUAUAGCAACUUUUAGGACUAAUUUUUUUAUUAUGAAAAGCAUACCAUGUUUUCAAUGAAGAGCCAUCAAGUUUGCAAUGAAAAGCCAUCAUGUUUGCACCUGCUUUUCUGGCAAGUGCUGCCAGCCUAUUUGGUUCUUUAAAGAAAGAUACUUGUGAAAUUGUUAUAUAUUAUUUUUUCCUAUUCAGAGGAGAAUGCUUCGGCUGGAACGCCAGAGAACUAUAAAGAAAGCAGUAUCAAUCACCCAGUUGUGAAGGUCAGUGUUGUAUUCCUUAUUCAUUUUAAGAAAUUUCAGUGUUUUGUUCCACUGUGUUAUCUUUGAUUUUGUUGCACUGUUAAUCUGUAUCCUCUCCAUGGAUGGUAUUCUCAUCUUCAUUUUAUCAUUGAUGUUUUGUGUAUGGAGAAAGUAUAGGCAAAAUAUAGUAGUUCAUUUCUUUGUAUGUGUAAAGGUCUGUCCAAAAAUGAAUAUUGCAUUUAACAACUUGGUAUGAGAUCGUGGUAAAAGUAUAUGAAAAUAUCUACAUUUAUAUAGCAUGAAUUUAAAAAAAAACACAAAUUAAAAAUGUGUUAUUUUUAUAUAUAUUUUUUUUUGGUUGCAAUAGUUUUUUAAAUUCUAUUGUAAAUGCUUAUCAAGAGAAUUUAUCUCUUUCCCUUAAAGGUAUAAUAUAAGACCUUUGUUUAUUUUUAUUUUUUUGACAGUUAACAAUAAAGAAAGAAUUUUCACUUAAGUUAUAUUUUUUUAGUAAAUACUUCAAUGUCAUUAUACUUGGUUUCUCUCUCAGAAUUAUUUUCUCAAGGUUUCAAUCUUAAGUCAAUGCAACUGUUACUUGAAUCUCUUGCCAAUUUUUCUUCUCUCAUGACAUUACUUUCAGGAAGUAUCUUUGGAUAUCAGUACUGACUCCAUAGAAUCCCUCAGCGAUGUUAUCAUAGAGCCACCAGCCCCACCACGCAGGCCACCUCCCCCUCCCCCACCCCAUGCCCCUCCGUCCUCUGCACCUUCUGCCCCCCGUGUAUCAGCCCCUGAACUACCAUCCCCAUGCAUAGAGGUUGAUGGUAGCAACACUGCAGAAGGUUUAAAUGAGUUUAAAGAGCCAGUUGGAGUUCCUAAAGUAAUUAGAAGGAAGAAAGCAGGGGUAAAUAACGUGUAAUAGUGGUGGAACUCUGAGUGACCUGCCCUAAUUUUGUUUUGAACUGUGUUUCUCAUUGUUGUGCCUAUUUUCACCAUCAAGAGAAAAAUAACUAGAAAAAUCUGCAGAAUGCAAUCAAGUGCCUGAUUCUACUAAACUGCAUCUAUCUAACAAAACAGUCAAGGAAAUAAAUCCCCAUAUGUGUUGGUGAAUUGAAUUUAAACCACUGAAGGGCCUCUGCAUUUUAUGUCCUCUAUUAACAUAGACAUAACAUAUUUUUCCAUAUGUGUGUGCAAUUUUAUUUUCAGAGUUGCUUCAGACUUGAAAUUAACAUGCAAAAUAUUUUUUUAGCCAUUGGACUGAAAAUGGUGGAUCGUUGAGCAUGUUAUCACAAAAAAUCUUUUCCUCAUUUAAUAAUUUAGCAGUCAAGAUAAUUUGCUUCAGAAUGACAAUUUGAUUUAACAAGAUCUGUUUAACAAUCACAGUGUAGAUUUCUAGCAAUAGCUUUUAGUCAAUACAAAUAGAUUUUAAUAUUCAAAUCCAAUGGUCUAACAUAACUUCAUAUCUUAUUCUCAAAGUCUCCAACCUUUAGCCUUUGAUCUGCAUCCGGCCGAUUGCAAUAAUAAUAAGCUAUUGGGUUUAUCCAAGUUUUUGAAGAAAAAUCUUGAAUUUGCAACAAAAAAAAAUAGCCAACAGUUAAUUUUAAAAAACUACAAUAAUUUGCUGUUUUGGUUUAAAAACAAUAUAAAUAAUUUUUUCUACAAAUAGAAUGAUGAUUAUAAUUAGUGAUGUUAACACUAGAUUUUUUGACAAAUUGGCGUUCAUUUUAUAAUCUGUUUUAAACUGUUUUUUUUAAUUUUUACGAAGCAUUUAACUCUCAGCACAACAAAGUGAUAUGUUGACAUACUUUUAUAAGCUUGUUAGUGGAAGUAUAAAUCUAUUAUUUUUAGAGAUUAUAAAACCACUAACUCGCCUGUAUGAUUAUAAUAUUAAAGUUUGGUUCCAGCACUUUACCCACCCAAACCAAAGCCCCAGGGACAACUUUUAGAGUACUAAGUGCAACUGUCACACAUGCAUUCCAGAAGUGCUGCCAGCGCUGUGUAUUGUUCGUGGCAAACACUGUUUGCGGCCAGCAAUGGUUGAAAACAUUUUUUGUCUCAGGCAUCAGAUUGGCUAAUGUGACCAGCCAUAUUUGUAAAUCAGUUUUGAUUUCAGUAAAAUGUUAUUUAUAUACUGAUCUGACUUCUAGGUUGAUCCACAUGUAUUGCAUAUGUAAUAAAUGCAGUAAUUAUUAAUCGUUUAAUUGAAUGUAUACUGUGAUGAUAUCUGCACUUACACCAACCUGUUGACUGACAGCAGUCUACACAUACAAGUUGUAAAGCAAAGCCAUCUCAGAUUUCAUAUAAAGGGCAGUCACCUAGUUUUGGAAGUGACCUUCCAUGAUUUCAGCUAACCCCGUUAAAUUGUACCAUACCGUAGCAUUUGAUAUGCGAUGGACAUGUGAUCCCAAUAACUAUUGCAUACAUUUACUGUAAGGGUAUUAAUGUGACUAUUAAAUAAUACAAAGUCAAUUUGUUUUUUUAAUUACGAUUACAAAAUUUGCUACUAGUAAUGGGUUUGUGAAAAUCAAUAACAGGUUUUCGGUUUCAAAACAUAGUUAAAUGCUCUGCAUGGUUUUCUUUGGAAACCUUUAAUUUUCUACGUAACUCUCACUUUCAUUGCGUGCAGACUCUUUCAUUUUUUAUAAUUAUUUUAAUCCAGCAUCUUUUAAAAUAAAUUUGGUAAAUUUUAGUUUUUCUUAAUUUUUUUUUUUUUUAAAUUAACUUUCAGGCAGAAUCAGAUGAACUAGACACUAAUUUGUUUUAAUUUUGCUCUGAAAUUGAUGAGUCUGCUUUUAGCAGACCUUAUUGCAUGUCCAUUGCAUGCGAAUACAGUUUAUAAACACAAAAUGAAAUUUGAUGCGUGGAGGUGGGCUUAAAGGUGAAUAAUUUUAUAUUAAGGAUUGAGGGCUUAAAAGUAGCAGUAUUCCAUUUGUAGUUAUGAAAUUUUUAAUAAAAAAGAAAUUACCAUUACAAUGAUAUCAUUUUUUUUAACUCAUCAUGUCAUUGCAACAGCUACUCAAAUUCUUUAUUUAUCUUUUUUUUUGCUCCUUUUAAAGUAAACCUUAAUAUUUUUCCAGCAUGACACCAUUCAGUAAUCCUGUCAGACGAGCAUUCUGUUGCUUUAUUUUUGGUGUUACAUACUCAGCAAUAAAUAGGCUUUAUUUGAACCUUGAUUUCAUUAUGCCGUUUCAGUACUGCAGAGAAACCGAUUCAUCCCUGGCAAAGUUAAGGCAGGAGGCCAGGCAAAAUUUGUUUGGAAUUUAUCCUGACAUGAGGGUAGGGAACUAGUUUCUUUACUUUCUUUGUUACUUUUUCUUUUUACCUCUGAGUUACUUACAUUAAAAUUUAUUAUUUUAUUUUUAUUUAUAUCAAUGCUAAAGUCUGGAUUGGACUAUCAUAGUUUAUAUUUAAAAAAUCCUUUUAUUGGGGGGGGGGGGGGUUUAAUUUUUAAAUUUUUUUUUUGGGGGGGGGGGGGGGAGUUUAAUUGUUAAAUUUUAAUAUUGAAGAUUUAUAAUUAUUAAUUGUAACUUUAAAACAAAAAAUUAAUGACCGACUCCUGUUUGAAGAAGGUAGUCCCUUUUAAUAUUAAAUUAAUUGUUUAAGACAAAGUUUAAUUCUACUAAAUUUAAUAUAUACAACAAAAAACCAACACUUUUAAAUUUAUCAUUAUCUUGAUGACACCUUGUUUAAAAUUAUCAUCAUUUAAACCACUUCUCUUAUCCAUGGUUUAUCACAGAGAAAUGUCUUUGAUGAGGACGUAGCAGAUGAAGAAGACAAAGAGGUUGAUGUUUUCCCCAAACAAUACACAGACAGAUUCUUAAUACGUUUGGAAGAACUUAAAUUCAAUCUACAGUUAAACUUGGCAGACGAAGGAAAGGGAAACAAAAAAUGCAAUGUGAACGAGAUUUCUUUUCUAAAAAAUGGAGAAAAAAAAUUAUUUUGGUUAAAAUUUUAUGUACUUAAGAUAUUUUAUUUCAAGAGCCUAAUAUUUUUUUGUUUUUUCUAUAACUGUAGCUUGUAUUCGGUGAUAAUCUAAAAGAAAUUUUCUAACUUAACUUGGUUGAAUUUAAAAGAAUCAAAUUAUUUUUACCCUGGCUGAUGUUUCUAUUGUAGUCCUGGUUAGUUGGUGUCAAGAUUUAUCCCUCCACCCAAAGUGUCAGUCUUCUAGACUACUACUGCUAACCACUAGGACAGGGGUUCUCAACCUGUGUAUGGCGACCCGUUUAGGGAUAGAACGAUCCUUACACAGGGGUCGCCUCAGAGCAUCGGAAAACACAUAUUUAUGAAGAAGCAACAAAAAUAAUUUUAUGGUUGUGGUUCACCACAACAUGAGGAACUGUAUUAAAGGGUCACAGCAUUAGGAAAGUUGAGAACCACUGCACUAGUGCAUCGUUGGGGUUAUAAAAUAUAGAGUUGUGACAGAGAAUAACCGUUUCCCUAGAAAACGCAGUGACGAAACCUCUUCUUACAAUUCAAUAGAUUUAACUUCAUGGAUCAUGCCACAGGCUAUCUUUUUUUUCACAGCCUGAGCCAUUUUUCUUGACUUUUUCUGUGUACGAUGCUAGAGAGGGCAGAAAAGUAUCGGAAGACUUCCAUUUGGACCCCAACAGUCCAGAGAUCAGGACCAUGAUCCCACCAGAAUUAUUCGCAGCGCCGGACAGGCUGCAUGCCGUCAAUGGCAAAGAGCCAACUUCACCUGACCAGAAUGGUCUCAGACCUGAUUGGGUGGCACAGUCCAACAGACAGGUGCUCAUUAGCUUGUGUUCUUCAUAUCAUUGUCCAGGGUGGAUCCAGCAGUCUAAUGCAGUCUUGUCUUAUUUGAACAUUUCAGCCUCUUCCACAUCUCAAGUGGCAGGCAUUUACAAUUAAGUUGGUAGCAUUUGGCCCAAACUGUCCCACCUCUGUGCCUUAAAUGAAACAUGUUAGAGAAUAAAUUGUUCACAUAUAUGUACAAAAUGUGUUGACAAGCUGAGUAUUCCUUAUUAGUUGCUCUUGAUGUCCCAAGAUGCUGUAAAAAUGCAAACUGUCCAUAUGUGAAAGUGUUUAAAAAAAACAAAAAAUUACCUUUUCUAUUAAUUCCAUAUUAUAAUGGGCACCUGCUUGCUAAAGUUGAUGUCAAGGUAGUUGUAUGUAGAAAGUUACCAUUUUCAAUAGGAAGAUAAUGUGCCAACCCUUGUAGUUGAUCUUGUUUUCAAAUAGUAUUACAACAUGGUUGGCUGAACAUAACAUUUACUUGAAUACCAUCCAGGGAAUCUUCUCCAUUGUACGGAGGCAUCAGGACAUCUACCUGGUUGCCCGUAUAGAAAAAGUCCUCCAAGGGCCCAUCAACCAGUGCCUGGAUCCCUAUCUGAAAGGCAGUGACAGUAAGAUGGCCAGCAAGGUGUACCGACAAAUGAGACAGUUUUGUACCCAUAUUGGACAUUACAGGAUGCCGUUUGCUUGGUCGGCAAUGUAAGUCGGAGAAAAAUCAAACUUACUUUGUCUUGAACUUUUUCUAGAUAAGGUGUUUCUCAACAUGCAGCCCCAGAAGUAGCUGAAUACAGCCCCAAGGGAAGUUUAGGAAGCUAGUUAUAAACUGGUUAAAAAUGAUUACUGGAAGGUAACUGAAUUAGAUGAGAUUGUGGACAAAUUAAAUCCAAAUGCCAUUAUUGUUUUAUCUACAGCAGUGGUUCUCAACCGGUGCUUCGCUCAGCUUUUAGGGCUUCUUCUCGGGGGCUCCACACCAAGAAACUCCUAAACAUUAUUGACUUGUAAGACAUAUUGUAGGUCUAAGGGGCUGCCCCGAGACAUGCUGUAGGCCUAAUGGGCUCCCCAAACAUAUUCUAGGCCUAAUGAGCUCCCCCCAUAGAAAUUGUUUAUAAAAAUGUGCCCCAUGAGCCAAAAAGAUUGGGAUCCCCUGAUCUACAGUAUAAACAACAUUUUCAAUGAAUAUUUUCUUUGCACAAUUUUGCUCUCACCAUGCCAUGAGCAAACCACCUGUGGGCCAUGAAGUGAGAGUGCCAUGAGAAAAUCACUUGUGGGCUGUGAAGCGAGAGUGCCAUGAGCAAACCACUUGUGGGCCGUGAAGUGAGAGUGCCAUGAGCAAACCACUUGUGGGCCGUGAAGUGAGAGUGCCAUGACCAAACCACUUGUGGGCCGUGAAGCAAGAGUGCCAUGAGCAAACCACUUGUGGGCCGUGAAGUGAGAGUGCCAUGACCAAACCACUUGUGGGCCGUGAAGCGAGAGUGCCAUGACCAAACCACAUGUGGGCCGUGAAGCGAGAUGAACAAAAUGGCAACACAAUUUUAUGAUUUAUUGUAGCGAAAGUUUCUGGUUUAACUAAACUCAUUUAAAAACUAUUCUCUGAUUUAGUCCCCUCUCACCUGAUGGCGCCAUGCCUCGAUGUCCAACAAAACUACCUAUCUAUAGACAAGAAACUGCCAAGUAUUCUGAAGAGGAAAUGCUGAAAUUAUUGCUAGACUUGAGAAGGUGAGCCAUGAAAAAAAAGUAUUGAAAGAGUUAUAAACAUCAGUAACUGCAGCGUCAGUAGUUAAAAAUAUUUCAAUAAGAGUUUAAUUAUUUUUUUAUUAUACAAGAGAUAUCGUUGUGUGCUGUGGGGAUGGUUUGAGUGGUGUGGCAGUUAAUCUAGACCAUUUUAAUGUAAUAUACCUUCUUUUGAAAUUAUGUCAUCAACUGCUUUCUAUCACAGGCCAGAUAAGAAGUCCAAGCUGCAGGAGAUUCCUGGAGAAUUCAAGAUACAUAUUGAACAGCUGGACCAAGAGCAACACAUUGAUUGUAAUACUUUAGUCAACUGAUUGUAAUGUGUAAUACUUAUAGUCGACUGACUGUAAUGCUUAUUUCCAACUGAUUGUAAUACUUGAAGUCAACUAAAUGUUACCUGCCUUAUCAAAAUUGCUGCAAGGAGAGGAGUUUGUGGGGGGGGGGGGGGGGAGAGAGAUUAAAAUGAUUCAAGGAUUAACUAAUUUGGAAGUUCGACAUUGAAAAUUGAAAUUUUUAAAAAACUUGAGAGAGUUUUCACUUGUGAUUGUUAAACAUACUGCAUACUUGGAAUGACUUGUCUUUAAUGAUAGGACAUGUCCAACAAAUUUGCUUUCAUCACAUGUUAAAAUACUUCCCCCUCUUAUUACGCCAGUCACGCUGACCCCAUCAUUGAUACCAGUGAAGCCCUUCACCGAGCCACCGGCCAAAAGUAUACCGACGGUGGAGAUAGAAGAGUUUGUACCCGAUGUGGCACAACUGUGCAGCUCAUUUGAUUCCUACAUCAACAACCUGUAUGUCCAACCCAUGUCGCUGAAGUACGAUGGACAGAAAGCUUUUGCCAAGGUGAGGUACUGCAAGUAAAUCAUGCCAGUCAACAGAAACUUCAUGAGAAAUACAAUCCUGGUUGUUGGAGAAAUUACAUAAGGAAACAAUUCUUAAUGAUACAGUGUUAAUAAAAGGAUUGAGAGAUCCUCAUUAAUGAGUAUGUCAUAGUCUACCUCAAUAACAAUACUCAUUUUGAAUUAUUCAUUUACCGCUUCAAAUCUGCAGGCUAGAAAUAUAUCCUGCUGCAUAGAGCUGAGAGACUCUGAUGAAGAAGGUGCUGUACCAUUAAAGGUAGGACAAGCCUUUGGCUAAAUCAGUGCUUACAAAUCAGUGACUAUGAAAUUAACAAUGAAAGGACUGCUUUCAAGCUUAGUAAAUGAAUGAAAUAGCGAAACGAGGUAUGUGGAAGCUUGAAAUAAGAUAACAGGACAAAAAACAAGGACGUUUCGGCAUAAAGCCUUCCUCAGCUAACAAUAGAAAUGAAAAUAUAACAAAGAAAAGAGCACAGUAGACAACUCAAGCAGUAUCCAUUCGUGUCUCUGGAAGUGGGAACACAGGAAGCGAGAGAAUAUAAAUAUUGACACUGUGAAAAAUUUUUCAAUAUUUAUAUUCUCUCGCUUCCUGUGUUCCCACUUCCGGAGACACGAAUGGAUACUGCUUGAGUUGUCUACUGUGCUCUUUUCUUUGUUACAUUUUCAUUUCUAUUGUUAGCUGAGGAAGGCUUUAUGCCGAAACGUCCUUGUUUUUUGUCCUGUUAUCUUAUUUCAAACUUCUACAUACCUCGUUUCGCUAUUUAAUUCAUCUAUGAAAUUAUCAGGAUAUAGAUCAAUUUCCUUUGUAUCCCUCAUGUAUCAUCUGACACAGAGAUCCCAGCUGUUCCAUAGUCAUUAAUUCCCCGUUAUUUUGGUUUUCCAGAGAAUCUACGGCAGACCAGGAACAUCAGUGUUCACUACAGUAGCCAGCACCACGGUCCUGCAUCAUGCCCAGACACCCGAUUUCAUGGAAGAGGUGAGAAACUGACGUCCCAUGCGCACAUGGUGGCUUUAUGCUGAAAUGUUUUGAGUAGUCAUGCCUUUUACAAAAAACUGUACUUUUUGAAGUGAAACUUCUUUAGCUUUGGUAGGUUUUACAUCUAUGUGAAUUUGCCUGAUAGAAAUAGAAAAGAAGAGAGGGAUAAAGUUUAGGUAUUAUGAAAGACAUACUUAAAGUGAAGGGAGAGCAUGAAUGAUAACAGAGAGCACAGGAGAAAAUGGAAUGAGUUUUUAUGAAUUAGAGUGCCUGGUACUGUAGCUUAAUCACUAGUCAGUGAGGGACAGGAGAGCCUUGCAUGAAACUUGCAAAAUUGUUCACUGUGAAUUAUAUAUUAUUUAUAUCAAACUAGCUGUAUGUCUAUAUUAACAAAAUUUAAAUGUAAUGUUCUAGAAUUUUGAUAUGUAAUACUGAUAAACUAUUUUCCUUCAAAUAAGGUAAAAAUGUGCCUACCCGUCCAGCUGAAAGAAAAGCAUCAUCUAUUCUUCCGAUUCUAUCACGUCAGUUGUGAGGGCUCAAAGGCGGGAGCCAAAUCUAGCUCAGGGAAAAAGAAGGAUAGUAUAGAAAUGCCUGUAGGAUGUGCCUGGAUGCCUUUACUUCAAGAGGGCAGGUGGGCAGCCUUUUUUUUUCACUCGGUCUACUACAGAUGAGAUUCUGUGGCAACAAGUUUAAUAGUUGUAGCUGGUGCCAAUAGUUGCAUUGCCUCCGAAAUUAAUUUAUUUUAUUCCUUCAUCUUGACCAAUUUUUUAAGUAAUUUUAAGAAACUUGUUUUGUUCCUUACAUAAAGUUCAAAGGUUUUUUAUUUAUUCCUUAUUGCUCACUGUUUUUUCUUCAUAAAAUUUGUGACAAAUUUACAGUAUACUUUAUAAUAAAGGGACAUUUGUAAUUACAGAAAUCAAAUAAAGAUUUGAUAAAUAAAGGGACAGGACUUUUGUCAGAAAAGAAAAUUAAACAAAUGUCUUCUAGAUAAAUUGACAAAGUUUUUGCAAGUAAGAAAACCAAACAUAAGCUUUUUGUUUUUGUUCACAGAGUUGUCACAGGGGAGAAAGUGAUUCCUGUGGCCAUUCACACACCAUCUUUCUACCUUAGUCAUGAUACUCUUUCUCUUGGCAAGGUAACCAGUGCUUGAUUGCCAACAAAUUUGUGACAGAUGUUUUUCUCAUGUUUCAUUACAUAGUUUUCCCUUGUGUAUUUGUUGGUUUCUAUGAGACCAUUUUAUGUAUUUAAAACCUUCAUGACCUUAACCAUACAUGUUUUCAUUCCACAUGACACUGUCAACAUCUUCAUGACCAGUGGUUUACAUGUAUUAAUUCCAUUUGGUUCUAUUGACAGUCUGGAAGCUCUGAUGUCAAGUGGGUAGAUGGAGGCAAGCCCCUGUUUAAGCUCAAGAUCCAUUUGGUGUCCACAGUGUAUACACAGGUAAGGAAAGGCCCCAUUUACAUGUCAAAAUAAGGUUAUCUUUGUAAUUAUAAAUUUUUUAUUCAUUUAUGAACUCUCAUGACUUCUGUUUGACCCAAGAGCACGCAGCCCAGAAAUAAGUAACUUGUAAAAUAUUUGAUUAAGUUCCCUGUUUGAUCCAAGUACACAGCCCAGAAAUAAAUAACCUGUAAAAUAUUUGAUUAAGUCCCCUGUUUGACCCAAGAACACAGCCCAGAAAUAAGAAACUUGUUGAAUUCGUGAUGUGACUUAUUUCCUUCAGGACCAGCAUCUCAACAAUUUCUUCCUUCACUGUCAGAGGGCUGAACAAGGGGGAGUACCAGCUAUAGAAAAUAAUGUCAACAAAGUCAAGGUAAGGAGAUUCUCCAAAGCUAACAUCCAUGUUCAGUUUAAAACCACCCAAUCACAUACUAAUACAUGAAAUAAUACAUGUCGUAUAAUGCAUGUGAGGGUGUCACCAAUCAAAUUUUGGUUUUCAUUAACAAGAAAAUUUAUUACAUAAUCCCUUUACAAUUUUAUUGUUCUUAUCUAUUCCUUGUUUCUUUUAAGAAUCCUCUCAAAUGAUUUCAAUUUCUUGCAUUUCCAUUUGAUUAAUGUGUAUGCAAUAGUAAUUUUUUUUCAUCAAAUAUAUUUCACUAAAAAUAAGUCAUCAGCUUUUUCUUUAAAGAUGAUAUGAAAUUCUGAGUGGUUGUGUUAAAUAGGUGCUGUUGCAAGAAUAAGUCAUGUUAAGUUGGUCUAACUUAUUUUUUCUGACUACACUUAUGUUAUUCUGCUUUAUUCCACAUUUUCAUGUAAUUUUUUAUCAUUUUUAAAAAGUUAAAUAAUGUGGGAAAAUUUCCAAUGGAAACCAGUAGCUCGACAGUUUAUUCAGCAAACAUGGUUUGCAUAAGCAAUUAUGGUUUGCAUAAGAAAUUUGAAUUGAUCUGAAUUAUUGUAUAACUGAUAUCUUAUUUGUUUAAAUUCAUUGAAUUCAUUGUCAUGAUUUUUGCUUAAAAUAUAGGCAAAUUAAAGAAAACCAUAAAAAUCUGUUCAUUAUUAGGGUAAUCUGUGAUCACAUAAAUAUUGUAACAAAUGAAGAAGACAAGAAACAUAUUAUUAUGGUAAUCUCUGAUCACAUAAAUAUUGUAACAAAUAAAGAUGACAAGAAAUGUCUGUUCAGUAUUAGGGUAAUCUCGGAUCACAUUAAUAUUGUAACAAAUAAAGAUGACAAGAAACAUCUGUUCAGUAUUAGGGUAAUCUCGGAUCACAUUAAUAUUAUAACAAAUAAAGAUGACAAGAAACAUUAGUUAAUGUGUUAAGGCAAUCUCAUGCACAAAGUUAAUGUUCUAUUAAUUUUUCUAAAAAUAAUUUAAAAGUAAGAAGAAAAAAAAAGAUAAUGAAAUAAUUAUUUCCUUUUGUAUUCCUGCCUCUAUUUUUGAUUUGCUUGUAGCUGGAAAAUGGUGAUUGUGGGGCCCAAGGGGAUGCAAUUUAUAUAGCACCUUCAGAGUUACAGGCCUUGCUAAAUGGGGUUAAGGUAUACACACACCGCCUUGCUGUUCAAGUUUUAUUGGUUCCUUUUUUCUUCUUUUCUGCAUUGAUUCAUUUGCAUGUAUUUUGAUUUGCAGUUUUAUCUGUGUCAAAGCAUUUUUUCAAAAAUUUAUUUAUUUGCAAACUUAUAUUGUUUCCUUAUGUUUAAAGUUUCUCCUUUUUUUAUUUCUUUCACUUAAUUUGUGUAUGUCUGUGUAAAGGAUGUUGUUGGGAUGGUCCUGGGAGUACAUUUUUUAACAUUAAUGAUCUGGAUUUAUUUUAGCAUUAAAAAAGUUGUUGCCUGUCUUCUUUGGAUAGACUUUAGGCAGGGGAAUUUUCACUCUUCCCCAUGGGAAAUUACAAUUAUAAUUAAUUUUAUAGUAGAUAAUUUACAUUUUUUUAAUAGUUAUAAAAUAUUGCUGCAUCAUAAUUCUAGACAUGUAUAUCAGUAGUAUGAAUGAGAUGAUCUUCAUUCUGACACUAGACAACUUUAAAAAAAAAAAUUAUACCCAACAUCAUAUAAAAGUAUUGUACACUUAAAUGGAUGCAGUGGAUUAACAACUGUGGGUGUGUAAUGUUUAGAUAAAUAUUAUUGUGUUGUUGUUUUUUUUUUCUGUUCCAUAAAAGUCAAAUGUGCCUAACAUACAAACGUGCCAUCUGACAAGCUUCUAAACAAUAACAUGUUUCUGUUUCACACUAGUAUUACUUUUAACAACACUUUGUGACACUUGUAUCAGUAAAACACACCAAGUGACAGCAUGCCAUAGAACGGGGACUCUCAAUCUAAUGGAACAGAUUUCACUAGCAUGGGGUAAUGGCACCCGCCGUCUCCUGUUAACUGGACUUAUGACAGUGAUGAACAGGUCAUUGCCAGAAUCAAAUGGCUGCCCCAUGGAAAUAAGAGUUUGCUGCAUUCAGUGAAACACACAGAACAAUCCUGACUACUGAUGACACAUCUACUGUUAUUGUCAUAACAAACCAUUGGUUUCCUAUGACACAUUUACUUUUAUUGUAAUACCAAACCAUUGGUUUCCUAUAACACAUCUACUGUUAUUGUAAUACCAAACCAUUGGUUUCCUUAAGAUAAAAAGCAUUUUUUUUAAAAAUAGAAAUUGAUUUAAAUCGAGCCAUAUUUGAUAUUGUAUGCAUGACAAACAGUCUGGGUACCACUACAUUAGAGCAUGCUGUUGCACCUUAACAAACCAUUUUAGUGUGCUCAGUAAGAAGUAGAUAUUGCAAUACUAACAUUAAAUUCUAUUUAUAAAUUACAACCUGUAAUAAAAUAUUAAUACAAUAUGUGCAGCCCAAGUUGUUAAGACAAAUUAGCAUAAUAUUUUUAAAAAUUAAAAUAAAGUGUAAGCAUAGAUUUGAAUCUUAUAAGACUAUUUUAGAAUACAGAAUGAGACCAUUUUAAUAUAAAGCAGUGUCACGUAUAGCUAUUUUUAUUUGCUUCUAGUCCCUGCUUGCUGUUGAAGUGUCUACCUAUGUCAAGUUUCUACCCACCUUGCUCAACCAACUUUUCCAGCUGCUUUCAAAAACAGUCAGUGAGGACAUAGCUGUCAACUCAGUCAGGUAAAUCGAAAGCCCAUUCAACUCCAUGUAAAAAAACCAACCUUAAGAGACUUUUAAAUUUUAUCAGCCAAUGUUACGUUUUUUUUUUGCAGGUAAAUCGAAAGCCCAUUCAACUCCAUGUAAAAAAAACAACCUUAUUUAAGAGACUUUUAAAUUUUAUCAGCCAAUGUUACAGUGUUUAAAGAAAAAUUGUAUAAUUUUUUUUUUUCGAACCGGGCACUGCUGAGUGAGAUGUAUUUAACUUAAACACAACAGAUUUUAUUGCUGGUCAUCUGGCUUCAAGCUAUGACAGUGACGCUAUGACACAGCCCUAGCCCAAUUAAAACAUUGUCCUGUGUUGACAUAAUCAAAAUGACUUUCCAAAUAUUUUUUAGAGUUCUGAUCCAUAUAGUAUCAGAGAUUCACGAUGCUCAAAAGCAAGAGUCCUUGGAGAAAUACGUCAAGGUAGGCUUAAUAAGUAUUUUUAGAAAGCUACAUUAUAAUUCUAACCCACAUUCACCUUCCAGAUCUCAAAUGGAAACUCGUGAAAAAGAUAACCCCAGUGUUAGUAAUCAGCUGGCAUGUAGGUUUAUGACAUAAGUACUGGCUUGCUGUGUCUGACCAUGCCAAAUGGCUAAUCACAUUAUUGCAGUCUGGUCACUCGUUAUAAAUAUUGGUUCUUCAGCAUGAGAUUUUUGGUCGUUAAGUAACUGCCAGACGCUGUACUGGGGGUCAACUUGACCAGAUGAAAGAUCUGAAGUAACUACCAGACACUUUACUGUUUUUUUUCUGGUUUUUUUGCUGGCUUCCAUCCGUCUCAAUGUGACGAUGGUGUACACAAAGUCUACAAGGCCUGGGAUUAUUCUUUUUAGGAUUAUAAGCUGGUUCCCUGCACAGCAGAUCACCUCUCUGGAGGCCGCUGGAAAACCCAAGGGAACAUCAUAUGAAACUUUUAACAACAUUAAUAAUGUCAACCUGUUUUUGCUGUGCCAAAAGAAUAAAAACAGCAUAGAAACAUAUUGGGGAAUUUAAAGUUAGAUUGCAGCUGCUCUAAAAGAGAUUUUUGAAAUCAACAGGCAGUUUAUAAUUGAGAGUUUUUAAAAAUGAAAGAAUUGCAAUAAAUUUUGUUCUUUCCUAUUACAACCAACUUUCUCUCUAAUUUCACAAACCAACAACAUCAAUGCUUCUUCCAGUACAUGUUCAGGCCGGACCCGGUAUCUAAAUCCAACAAAAGCCCGAGGACGGUUCACGAGGAGCUGUCCAGGCACCUGACAUCCAUCCUGCGUCCAGCCAACACUGACCCUUUGGUUGUGAUCCGAUUCCUGAAGCAUGCUUGGUUCUUCUUUGAAGUACUUCUGAAAAGUAUGACCUUAUAUUUGCUGGAUACUGAUAGGAUCAAAGUAAGUACUUUCAAUGCUCACACUGCAACAUAUCUCGAUCUAAAUAUUUUCUUUACAUGACUGGCACUCAUGAACUACAAUAGUAUCUUUAUCUUGAAAUAAGGGAUGACAAUAUCUGUUCUGUUUUGUUUUUUUUCUUAGCAGCAAGUAAUCAUGACAUGACUAUAGACGUCAGAGUGCUUGCAGAAUCAAAUAUAUUAUAGUUCAUUUCAAUUUUAUUAUUGAUAACUAAUAACCCCGCUGUUAGGUACUAAGUGAAAACUGCCUCAGAUUCUAAAUGUUAUAAGAUUAUGCGUGACUCCAUUUGUAAGGCGUAAUAUUUUAAAAGGAAGAUUACCUCCAUCACAGAUGCCUCGCAACGAAAGGUUUGCAGCCGAGUGUCAGUUUAGAAUCCAGACCUUGCUUCAUGUGGUCACACUUCACAUCAUACAGAAGUGUCGUGAUCACAAGGAAGAAACCAAAAAUGCCAACCACAGCCUGGCCAGCUUUGUUAAGGUCAGUUUGGUCACUUUUUUUUUUUCUUUCGUCUCAUGCACUUCUGUUCAACAUUUUCAUUUGGGGGAUGUAGUCAAACUUUUGGUAGAACAUUAAUGAACUUACAUGGGAGGUAAGCAUGCUGUCCUAGGAUUGUGGGACUUUGGGAAUACCUGCCAUAUGGUUGUAAGUAUGGGACACAGUCCCGUCCCCGUCCCCCCCAUGUGUCUACAAACUAGAGGUGGGGCCAACAAUAGGGAUGGGGCUAAAUAAAAUGAUAAAUGUAUUUUUUACGUAACCCCAAACUUUCAGGGUGUGGCCUGUGAUCAAGAGAGACCCACAUUCUGAACACUACCGUACCAUACUUUUUACCUUUUAGUCUUACUCUAUCCUCCUCUCUCAACUUCUUCUGACUUUCAUCCAUCUGAAUUAUUUUUUAAUACCAUUCAUUAAAAGUCUGCCCAUUAUUUGUAAACUUCACCUGCUUCCUCCUCUGUAAAAUCUUUGCAAAACUGUCUAUACCACUUGCUACUGUAUCCAGCAAUCAACAUUAUUUCAAAAUUAGUUGCUGUCAUAAAAGAAAUUGUCAAAAUGUUUUACAUCUUCAAUCACUGUGGUGUUAGAUACAAACUCACUACAUUUCAGAACUGUUUCACUCUGAUGGACAGAGGCUAUGUGUUCAAAACAAUCUCCAAGUACAUUGAGAAUUUCAAUCCAGGUGACAGCAAGGUAGGUUGGUAAUUAUUUUGCCUAUCAGGUAAAUGGGAUCUUUCUUAGGUGAAUCACUGCGCAUCUCUUUAACUGUAAGAAAUCAUUCAAGCUCAAUCAAGUGGCCUUGUAUCAUCAUUCUCUCCAUGAAAAAUAUCUUGAGCUAACUGUUAUUGUUUUCUCCAUGACACACAUAGUUCAUUAUGAGUUAUCUGUCCCCAUGUCACCAGACCCUCCAUGACAGACAUUGUUGAUCAUGAGUUAUCUCCCCCCAUGUCCUCAGACUCAACAUGAUAUACAUAUUAAAUCAUGAGCUUUCUGUCCCCGUGUCCCCAGACUCUUCAUGAAAUAAAGUUUGAGUUCCUGCGUAUCGUGUGCAGCCAUGAGCACUUCAUUCCCUUAUCUCUUCCACUGAUGAGACGUGGCAUGGUUAAAAACUUCAAAGGUAAAUCUUUGAUAUCAUUAACAAUCAGGGUAUUUAUUUAUUUUUAAACAUCAGACAUGCUGUUCUUCCGAUUAGUUUUGAUUGUUGCUUUAAGACUUUAGCAUUGCAUCUUAAAUGCUAUCAAAACUCUAAUUCUGACAUUUCUAUUUCAUUGCUGCCUUCAGAAUCCCUGUCUACCCUUUGAUUAUGUUUUACAUAAUAGCUUUUUUCUAAUUGUCGCUAUACAUGUGUUUAAAAAUAAAUGUUUAAUAAAGUUGGUUUCUAUUUUUUUUUAUUAUUAUUAAAAUUAAAUAGCUUUUUAUGAAAGCAUAAAUUAAACGAUACGUGCUCGUGGCUAUUACUUUUUUGUUCUUGAUCCCACAGUGUUAGAUUUUUAAAAAAAAACACAAUUAUAUUUCUGAUUAGACCUGGUAUAAAUCCAGAGCAUUAGGGCUUAGGGCUCUGUGGAACAAUUUAAUGUAAAAAUUACUCAACAUUUUUGUUUUAUUGAAAUAGUUAAAAUGGUUCCUGCAAAAAAAAAAAAAAAAAAAGCAAUGCAUUUCUUUUUCAUCACCUAGAAUGAAAAAAACCACUAACUGAUCUGCUUUUCUUUGUCAUUUUAUCAAGUUUUUUUUUUAUUAAAAAAGUUAAAAUGGUUACUGAAAAAAAAAAAAAAAAAAAAGCAAUGCAUUUCUUUUUCAUCACCUAGAAUGAAAAAAACCACUAACUGAUCUGCUUUUCUUUGUCAUUUUAUCAAGAGAUUUUUAAAACCCAUGAGUGUAAGUUAUAAUCUCUUAAUCCUCCAAUAAGAUGAUCCCAAUGUAUCCAAGAUUUUGAAAUGGACAUAUGCAAAUAUGACUAUACCUUGUUUUUUUUUACUCUAACAACAUCCCGUCCUACAACCCUUGGGUUAUAAAUUCAAACGCCAUCAUAACAUAUAUAAUUCAUCAUGGGAAAAUGGUUGCUUUGAAUGGGAAGGUGGACUGACUAAUGUAGAUUGUAAUUUAAAUUGAAACUUGUUUAUGUACAAGCUGGGCUGUUCAAUUGAAUGUUUGAUAACUUCAGCUCCAGAUCUGUAUUUAAAACUAUGGCUGAAAUUCUAGGAGCUCUGUCUGUGUAGGGUUGGAGUCUGCAGUUUGGGACAUUCAUUUAUUUUUACUAAACUUGGCUUCAGUGGCUACUCAAAAUUUCUAUAGGACAACAAAAGAGCUAUUAUAUCUGGAGCUGGAGUCACUUCAUAAAAUCCGUCUCCAAAGGAGUGUUUCCAGUAAUCAACACUACAAUAAUAACAAUAUCCAUGUUAUAUAGGAAUUAUUGAAAAACUUAUCGAUUACAGCAUGAUGACUUAAAAUUCUGGCAGUGUAAUAUUUGUUUAAAUAUAUUUGUAUUUGGAUUUGUUCACUUGUCAUGCCCACAUCUAUUCCCUAUGAAACACUGCCAGCACAGCAGCAUCAACUUAUUCAGAUGUUAGGACAUAUUACUCUGAUGUCCUACAUUUUAGUUGUCUUUUAACCACUUUGUCCCCUUUCUUUUUGUCCCCUUUCUUUCAUCUAUUUCCAUUUUUUUUCUGAAACAUUCUGUAAGUUAUAGAAGUAGUUAUCUAGAAAUGUUCAUUUCCCACAAAACUAUACUUAAACCAAAUCCAUAACCAUUGUAUUUUGUUUGACCACUCUGAAACAUGAAUGAAUAAAAUAUUAACAAACUGAUGGCCAUUAUAUUUACACAAAGCAAGUUGUAGCAAAGUUUCGCCUGGUAUGAUUAUCUUGUCGGCACCAACAUGUACCAUGUUUGAUUUUAUCCAGCAUCUUGUUUCAGCUUGUAAUCAUCAGCCCUUAAACUUUUGUUUUCAGAAAUCAAAUUGGAAGGUAAUUGUAUACACAAAAAUAUUUGAAGCACAGCUAUUAGUUUUUUUAGUUGACACUGGCACGUGCACACAUGGCCCUCUUUGCUCUGGAUCAUCAUCGUGUAUUUUUAAAUGUGUGUGCCUUCUUUUUAUGGUGUUUAGCCUGGUAGUAGUGUCUCUGUGUCUGAAGGUAUUAAGUAGUUGGCUAUUAGUCUCUUGGUAUUUUUUUAUUUCUCAGCACUACCAAGAUUGUUCAAGUAUGUAAUAAUAUUGUUUUAAUGGCACAAUGGUUUUGCUUUAAAUGUCAUUGCAAGGAUGUUUGAAAAAAACAGAUUCAUUUAGCUCUAAUUAUUAACAUUCAAAACUGCAAUCAUUAAUUGUGGGAUUUUCACUUCCCUGUUAUUUUAUUAAAUUUAAAAAAUACACUCACUAUAUAAUUGAUAAACCUCAUUAUGUGCUCACCAAAGAAAUCAAAUAAAUUCCCAUUCAAAAAGUAUGGCAACUUCUUCGCAUGUGUGAAAUGUAUUGUUCUCUAUUUUCAAGAGAGGGUUUAUUUCUAAUGAACAAAUCCAUACAUUAACCAAGCAUCUUGUUUUGCUGUAAAUAAUAUGGAAUCAUUUAAAUACAAGAAAAGGGGACUAAACUUAUAAAAUCUUUCUUUGUGAGAGUUAUCUUGCAUUGUUUUAAAGUAACUUAAACUUUUUUCACCCACUCAUGCAAUAGUUUUUAGUGGAUUCAAUUUGCAGAUUCAAUCUAACAUAAUUUUUACUUACUAUGUAACAUUUUGUGCUAGAUUUGCUAUAUAGUUGCUUUUAAAACUCUCUUUUUUUUAAAUAAUAAAACUGCCGACCAUUAAUUAUUCAGAAUGUAUUUUUAAAAAUUGUUCUCUUUAAUAAGACCUUAUAAAAAAUGUUUUCUUUAAAAAGACCUUUUAAUCUGCCAGAAAUAAAAUGUUACAUGAAUUAAAAUCUUGAUGAACCUUAACAAAUUUAAAUUCACUAGACCUUCACUUGUAUGUCAGGACUUUAUCUCAUAGGAAGACAUAUUGGCUCCUCCUACACUUUUCAAGAGCACUUUUCUUAACUAUUUUAUUUUGUUGGGGGAUCUAUGGUCAAGUGAUUUUGUUGUUGUAUGGCAUCAUUCUUUGUGGACCAUGUGUUGGAUAUAAUCAAGAAAUCUAUUAUUCCCAUGCAUGCUGGUUGUCAGGAAUGCAGACAUAACUUGUGUACUUUAAAAUAAAUAGAUAUUUCUAUUCAUAAAUCCUAUGCCAACUGACCCUAUUUGAUAAAAUAAAAUAUUGUUUUCAAAAGCGUUUAAAAGGAUGUUUCAAUUAGGCUCAAAUAGUUCAUUUUAAAAAAAAUAUUGUAGAGCUGAAUUUAGAACAAGUUAAAUAUAGACAAGGAAGCAAGGACUUAAGUUAUACACUUUUUAUAUUUCAUUUAAUUUUUAAUUUUUUAACAACAAAAAUGUUGUAAUGAAAGUCUUCUGUGUAACAAAUUAUGUCUAUGGCUUCAAUGAUUUACUUCCUUGCCUACUUGGAUGAUUUUGAGGGGUGUGGUUACUGCCAUGGGUUUUAUUUAUUCUGUCAUUAUUUAUAGUUCAAAUUGAAGUUAAGAGAAGAUAAUCAAUGUGGAGCAUGUCCUCGGGAAGUUAUCAUGGUACAUUUAGUAAUUAUUGAGGAAGAGUCUUACAAAGGCUCAAAUGAUGUAAAUGGGAUUUAAUCUGGACAGAACUAGUUUGAUAAGGCAUUGCUGUUUUCAAAAUGUUCAAUUACCAAAUCAUUUUUAUGGGCAAUUUAAGUUCUAUGCAUGUAUUAAGUGCUAAAAAAAUAUAUAAAUAAAAGCCAUAGACCUAAUUAAAUUCUGAUGACUAUUAAAUCAGUUUUGAAAAUUUCUUUAAUGAAUAAUAGAAAAAUUACCAGCAGUGGUUUGGAAUACUUUAUUUUCUUAAUGUUGCAUUCUACUUCUUAAUUUCUUGGUAUUGUGCUCCAGUCAUUCCAUUGAUAAUUAAUGACAGGGAAAAUUACUCAUAUUAAAUAUUGUUUCCAUCUAUUUAACAAAUGAUGUUAAAAAAGAAAUAAAACAUUUCUGAACCCUGCCCUAAUCAACUGAAGCACUAUUUUUAAGUCAACUCUUUUUUUUUUAUCCUCUACAAUAUCCACAGAUAAUUUUGCCUCCAUUAGAAUAAACUUAUCAUGUCUCCAAUCAUACCUGUGUUGUACAUUUCUAACCUUGUCUUUGAUAGAUCUGAAACAUGACUACUGCCUGUCAGAUGAGUUCAGACAGCACCACUACCUUGUCGGGCUUCUGCUCUUUGAGCUCCGCCUGGCCAUGACGGAGCAGAGGACAAUCAGGCGCUCUGCCAUCACUGUAUUGAGGAACCAGCUGGCAAAGCAUUCGUUUGAUGAUAGAUAUGCUUCAGGGGUUGGUCACUUCAUACAAAUACUGUAUUUUCUUUGUUGUUUGAGAUUCUUUAAAGUAGAAUUUGAGUGAAUGCAGUUUUGUUUCUCAUAUAGUUAAUAAAUCUUUUCAAGUUCUGCUAAUACAGAAUGAAUGGUAACAUGUGUAUGUAUUUUUGGUCUAUUUCCCCAAUAAAAUACUGAAUUAUUGAUUUGUUUUGAAAAAUGAAAUUAUCUUUUUUUAACUCAAUCCACUGACACUGAUCUGUAUAUUAUAAUUUUUGGUCUAUUUCCCCAAUUAAAUAAUUAUUCAUGUGUUUCGUUUCAAAACAUUAUGAGUUUUCCCUUUUUUUAAGAGCCAAUCCAUUGACACUGUAUUUAUUUGGUCUCCCAGUCCCAACAGGGCCGAAUAGCCGCCUUGUAUCUGCCUCUGAUUGGAGUUCUACUUGACAGCAAGAACUUGUUACUGCAGAUAACCCCCAAUGCUAAGUCUGCACCUGCACCCACCCCCACCCAGAACGGGGAUGUCAGUUCAAGGUACUUCAUGAAAACUGUCCUCCUUUAUGCAACUAAUGGAGUUAUUUAUUUAAACAUUUAUAUCCACAAUAACACUGAAUGCUGCACUUGGGAGUGUUUCACAAUGAAUGCAGACCUGUUUACCCUCAAACCCUUAAAAUCGUACAAUAUCAUCAUAUAAUCGUUCAAUACAUUUUCUUUAUAGAGCAAAGACGUGCUGCAUAUAUAAUGUAUACACCUCAAAAUCGUACAUUGUACGCCAAAAUCGUAAGAGUAAACAGGUCUGUGAAUGUGACACUAAGGAGUGGUUCACACGGAAUGUGGCACAGAGGAGUUUUUCACACUGAAUGUGACACUUAGUGGUGUCUCACACCGAAUGUGACACUGAGGAGUGUUUCACACUGAAUGUGACACUGAGGAGUGUUCACAUUGAAUGUGGCACAGAGGAGUGUUUCACGCUGAAUGCUGCACUUAAGAGUGUUUCACACUGAAUGUGACACUAAGGAGUGGUUCACACUGAAUGUGGCACUAAAGAGUGGUUCACAUGGAAUGUGGCACAGAGGAGUGUUUCACACUGAAUGUGACACUUAGUAGUGUUUCACACAGAAUGUGACACUAAGGAGUGUUUCACACUGAAUGUGACACUGAGGAGUGUUUCACACGGAAUGGGGCACUUAGAGGUGUUUCACACCGAAUGUGACACUGAGGAGUGUCUCACACUGAAUGUGACACUUAGUAGUGUUUCACACUGAACGUGGCACUGAGGAGUGUUCACACUGAAUGUGGCACAGAGGAGUGUUUCACACUGAAUGGGGCACUUAGUAGUGUUUCACACAGAAUGUGACACUAAGGAGUGGUUCACACAGAAUGUGGCACAGAGGAGUGUUUCACACUGAAUGCCGCACUGAGUAGUGUUCACACUGAAUAUGACACUUAGGAGUGUUUCACACAGAAUGUGGCACUUAGGAGUGUUUCACACUGAAUUUUACACUUAGGAGUGUUUCACACUGAAUGUGACAUUAACUCUUUCGAUGCGGAACAACGCACACUGCGUUCUUCCGCCGUUCUCAAAAGCACGGACCAAUGCGCUGUGCGUUGUUUCAAUAUCAUGUUUCUUUCUUUGCUAUUUCUCGGUUAAACUUUUUAAGAGCUAUUUUUAAAUAAGACUUUUACAUAGAAGAGUGGUACUUCAUUGUUUACAUUCGAAACCAAGGCUUAUUUAUUGUCAAUUGAAGCAUUAUUUUGACGAUUUUCUUCGCAUUUUUUUUUUUUUUACUGUUGCUAUGGCUACUCUAGGCUCUAGUAUGUACAUUUCCUAGACGUUAAACAGUUAAAAACGCUUUGAAAUUGUUUUAUAAUAUUUCUUUUGACAGCGAAGAUGAUUCCGAUGGUAGUAGUUUUAGAGGAAUUUAGUUAUAGAAUUGAAGAUGAGGUAUGCGUACAUCAUUGGGUUUGGGGAAAAAUGGUAUAGCAUUAAAUUCAUUAAAUGUUUCCACAUUUUAUGGCUCUUUCAUGUAACUAAUUUUUUUUAAACUGUAGAAACUAGUGUACAAAUAUAUAGUCCUUUCAAUUACCUUACAUUUGAUACUACGUUUAGUCUUAUAAACCAAAGAAUAAUAUUUUAAAUAUUUUUUAAUAAACCCAACAUCUCACUCUUUUUCCGCUCUUCGAAAAAAAUGUAAGAUGAAAAAAUUCCGCAGCGAAAGAGUUAAGGAGUGUUUCACACUGAAUAUGACACUGAGGAGUGUUUCACACAGAAUGUGGCACUUAGGAGUGUUUCACAAAUUCUCUAUCACUCUGUCUUUGAACACAGGUCUGAUGUCAGCAAGUCCCAGAUGAGCCUGGUCAAAGGUCAGAGUUCACCAGCUUUGCCAGGCACCCCAGAAAUCAAGAAGAAAGAUUCUGCAGUGUUUGCCAUGAUUUCUGGGACUGGUGAGUGCACUGGUGAGAUGUUUAGUUAGAGAGUUUUAGAAGUGCAUGGUGCUCAGCAUGUACUUAAGUUAGAUGAAGGGACGUACUGGUGUACAGCUUGGAGAGUUUUAGAAGUGCAUGGUGCUCAGCAUGUACUUAAGUUAGAUGAUGGGAAGUAAUGGUGUACAGCAUGCCGAGGUUGACAUCAUCCCGGGAUGUUUAGAUAGAGUACAGGAUGAACAGCAUGUAGAGAUGUACAUCAUCCAGGGAUUGUUUUAAUUGAGAGUACAGGAUGUACUCUCAUUUAUAGCCAUUUUCAUUGUUUCUGUAGAAUAGUAGUUACUAUCCUAGUGUCUCAUUUGUAUUUACUUAGUUUACAUGUUUUAAUAACUGUAAAGCGCUUAGAGCUUUAUGAUAAGCGCUAUAUAAAAAUGCCUAAAUAAAUAAAUAAAUAAAUGUAUGGUUAGAGGUACAGCGGUCUCUCGCCUAUUCGCAGUUCACUUUUUGUGGUCUCACUGUAUAUAGUGGAUUUUUUACUUGUAUAUAUAUAAUUUUGUAUCACAGAUUAUUUGCCGUAUGGUGGGAUUUUGCUGUAUAUUGGUAUCUUUGUAUAUUCAUAUUAUUGUUAUUUUUUCCUGUAAAAUAAGCGUUUUAUAACAUUAAAAAAUUGAAAAUAAAAAAAAAUAUUAAUUAAAACAUAUGAAAAGAAUGUUAAAAUAAACUACUUGGUGUACAUCAGAGGGGUAGACAGAGGCUUGCAUGCCAGGAAAGUAAUGUUAAUCAGAGGGAUAGACAGAGGCUUGCAUGCCAGGAAAGUAGUGUACAUCAGAGGGAUAGACAGAGGCUUGCAUGCAGGGAAAGUAGUGAACCUAACCUCUGCGAUUCACAAAGAACCACUGUAAAUCAUCCAACAAUAUGUAACUUACAAAUGGUGCAAUCUGCAUUGGAAAUGUACAAGUCUUUUUAAUCUUUGUUUUAAAGAAAUCAAAUAUAUUACAUGAAAAGCAAGAUUAGAAACGAUCUAUCCGAUAAAUGCAGAAUCGAAUGAAAAUAUAGUUGAUAGUGACAUACCAUCUUUAUUGGGGACCCAAUAGUGAAAUACCAUCCUUAUUGAGGACCCGAUACUGAUAUACCAUCUUAAUUGGGGGACCCCAUACUGAUGUUCCAUCUUUAUUGGGGACCCGAUAGUGAUAUACCAUCUUUAUAAGGGACUCCACACAUGUACACACCACCACUGUGUUGGGAUAUCAAGAGACAAUUCACAUUCACAUUUUCUUAAUUUGAUGGGGGGAAACUGCUGCUGUCUUAUUUAAUAUAAUAAUUUUUCUCACUCAAAGGUAAACAUUUAGUUGCCUUGUCUUACAGUUACUUUAAAGGAAUUGUCCAAACUAAAAAAAAAUGUGUGUUUUUUUUUUACUUAAGAUAUGAGUUUGAGAGGUGUUAAAUAUUUUUCAAACAACAAUUAGCCACAGAGUUGGCAGAUCUGGUCGUUGAUUGAAAGUGUUGAGGACUGGACAUUCAGGAUCCAUGUGGUUGAUAAUGAUUGUGCAUGCCAUUAAUGAGAUUUAAGCAUGACCUUAUAUAACACAGAUGCCGGACAUGGCAGCUUAAAAAAAGCUGCAGUUCUCAUGUGUGAUGUGGGGGCUGGUGCAUGGUUUGGCUUUGGGAUAUAUUCAUCCUGUCAACUGGUUGAUGUAUUUGCUUGGUGUGCCCUGUACACAUUAGUGCUGUUCUAAACUGCAUGUAUACCUUUGCUAUGAGUGCAUGGGUCGGGUGGCCUGGUCUUUCUCACUGCUUCCAUACCUAUUGAUGUGUCUCAAAGACACAGUUCUAGCAAUAUUAACAACUAGCUAUAGCCUGCCAGACAAUGGCUCUUUAUAAGAUUCCCACUUAGCUCUAUCCUCCCCCCCAACCACACUCCUGAUAUAUAUUAAUAUUCUAAUGCCCCGCCCCCUUUUACACCGCAGAUUUAUUCAACUGUUUUCGCAACUCGAAAUAAAAUAUUAUGCACUAAAUGCACUGGAGUAUUUUAAAGAAUCUCAUUUAAAACAGUUAUCAGUAAUUUUAUUUUGUGAGCUAUUGAAUAUCUGGUUACGAAGAGAACAACUGCAAUUUUCCUGGCCAAAUGUCACAAGAGGGUGAACAAGAAGAUCACUAUCUUAAUAUGAUAAACUUUCAUAUUUUUCUCUUGCUUAAUGUAAAAAAAAAAUUUUAAACAUGAAACAUUACUAAGUUGUUUGGAUAUACUUUGAUGCUGUUUAAUGCAUGUAUUUAAAAUGUAUAAAAAUAUAUAAAUUAUUAUUUACAAAUAUCAGUCCUAGGAGUAUUUGUAAAGGUUGAGUUGGCUAGGAUGAAUUAGCAAUAGUAUUUAUUUUAUAAGGUGCUGCCAUUGAAUAAUUUUUUUACAUUUUGUUUGGAAGAAUUGAGAUUCCCCCCCCCCUGCCCCAAAUCCUCACACACACACCAACCCAAUUCCCCCCCCCCCCCNCCCCCCCCCCCCCCCCAACUGGAUUUUGCUUUUAUAUUUUUAAAGCCAUUAGAUUGUCCAGAAAUAAAUGUGUAAUUUAUAGUUAGGUUCUAAAUACGGUUAGAAUGUCAAAAACACUUGUAAAGUUUUAGAAUUUUGAUCUAAGUACUUUAACUUAUUGAAAAUUUAAAUGUUAAAAGUUCAAGCAUGUUUACUGUUUCACAUUAGGAUUUAUUUUUAUGCAAACAAAAUAAAAUAUUUAAAAGUUUAUAGAGUCAUAACUGUGGGAGCAAUGUCUAGCCACCACUAGGUUCUGACACCUGUGUAUUGUUGUCUCUGCAGUUGCCAUGCCUCACAACCCUAAUGAGCUUACUGUUGCUGCAGCUACUGGACACAAUGGUAGCAACACAUCUCUAGCCAGCGACUCUUCUGGGGAGAAGGAUGUGGGAAGCAAGAAGGAUGGAAAGAUUGUGACUAGGUUUGUACCACAUAAAUCAAAGAAUGAGAGAAUCCUGGUUAUUUGUUUUAACCCUUUACGGGGCAGAGGUACUUCAUCUUGCAUGUCCUGAAAGGGCACAACUUUUUCUAUUUUUUAGUAAAAUUUAGGGUUAUGUUACAAAAAAAACCAAAUCUAAGGUCAACAAAUUAGUGUGAAAUAAAAAGCAAAAUAAAGGAAAAUGAAUGCAGAUUUAUUAUUGUACUCACAUGUUGCCAUUAAUUCUCAUAUGAACACAAAUAUUUGCAAAAAACAACAUAUUGUUUGUGAUUGUGAGUCAUCUAUUCACUAUUGACAAACACUGCCACAAAAUCAAAGUUUGUAAAAUUCAACACUGCUUACUACGCUGAUUUCACUAAUAUUACUAAUAAUAUUAAUAUCUACUUCCGAAUUACAGUCAAUUUGUCAAUCCAGCGAAAUCUCCGCUAUCACUUGAAUAUUAGGCAAAUAAUCAUCAAAAUGCAUUUUGAAAAAAAAAAAAUUUAAACCACUAAAACUACAAAAAAAAUAGAUUAAAUACUUGUAACUGGCGCUUAUUCUAUUUAGCUAUCGGGAAAAACCGGAUGUAAACAUAGGAAGUCUCGCAAAUCCUCGGAGGUCACGAGAAAACAACACUAUGUUGUCACGGACGCUUUUUGGGCGUUUUGCCCUUUAAGUGGUAAAGACGUUUUCGGCCACUCUGCCCCGUAAAGCGUUAAAUCAAUGAUGGAUAAAUUGUGACAAGGUUUUUACCACAUAAAUCAAAGAAUGAGAAAAUCCUGGUUAUCUGUGUUUUAAAUCAAGGAUAGAUAGAUGGUGAUAAGGUUUUUACCACAUAAAUCAAAGAACUUUAAAAUCCUGGUCAGUGGUGUUUUAAAUCAAGACACCCUGUGGAGGUGUGCAUGACUUUCUGUCUUCAAAAAAAAAUUUUCUCCAAAAAGAAAAUUUAAGAUGAAUAAUUUCCCACUAACAUGGACCACUCUGUAACCUGACACAAGUGUCUGAAUGGUCGGCGAAUGUACUUUGUUUCAGAAUGCCUUCUAAUGUAUCAAAGGCACCAUCGGCAGCCUAUCCUGGACGCUAUGAUAAACUGGACACCACAGAGAUCAGGGACCUCUUGGUCUGCUUCUUGCAUAUACUAAAGCAUCUACCUGAAGGUAACUGUGAUGUUGACUUGACCGAGGACCUGGGGUGAAGUGAGGGUGUGGCAUGCUAGCACAACUUUUGAGGCUCUGAGUAUUUGGAUAAUUUAUUCAAUAUUUGAAUACUGAAAAUAUAGUCCAACUAUCAUCUGAAGGGAUUGAAGAGACACUGAGCUAAUUUUGGCAUGUUUCCUUGAAAGUAUUAAUUAUUCAUGACCGGGGGGGUUUAUUUGAAUACUGAAAAUAUAGUCCAACUAUCAUCUGAAGGGAUUGAAGAGACACUGAGCUAAUUUUGGCAUGUUUCCUUGAAAGUAUUAAUUAUUCAUGACCGGGGGGGUGGGGGGGGGGGGAGAUAAGAUGAAUAAUUGGUGCUGGGGUCCAGUGAGAUAAGCUGCAUAAUGGGUGCUGGGGUCCAGUGAGAUAAGCUGUAUAAUGGGUGCUGGGGUCCAGUGAGAUAAGCUGUAUAAUGGGUGCUGGGAGUCCAGUGAGAUAAGCUGUAUAAUGGGUGCUGGGCGGCUAGUGAAAUAAGCUGAAUAAUGGGUGCUGGGGUCCAGUGAGAUAAGCUGUAUAAUGGGUGCUGGGAGUCCAGUGAGAUAAGCUGUAUAAUGUGUGCUGGGCAUCUAGUGAGAUAAGCUGCAUAAUGGGUGCUGGGGUCCAGUGAGAUAAGCUGUAUAAUGGGUGCUGAGGUCCAGUGAGAUAAGCUGUAUAAUGGGUGCUGGGGUCCAGUGAGAUAAGCUGUAUAAUGGGUGCUGGGAGUCCAGUGAGAUAAGCUGUAUAAUGGGUGCUGGGGUCCAGUGAGAUAAGCUGUAUAAUGGGUGCUGGGAGUCCAGUGAGAUAAGCUGUAUAAUGGGUGCUGGGAGAAGAUAAAAAAAUGAAUGUCUUAAAUGAGCUGUAACUUUCUUAGAGAGGAAAAUAAAUAUUUUAGAAAUGGAAUAUCAUCCCAUUAAUUUAAAUUAAUUCGAGACAUUGAUGGUAAGAAUGAUAACAAACAAUGGUGUUAGCCAACUAUCUCAGUAUCCACUGGGAAAGCUUCUUAUCGGUCACCAAUUCAUCAUAUCAAAUUCAUCAUACACAAUUUACUUUACUCAUUGUUGCUUGCUCAUUAUAUGGCUUCAGAUAAAUGUUAUUUCUAUACUUUCUUGUAUUGAAUUGUAUCUUACUUCAUGUACUUGAUGAUAUUGUUCAUAUUUCUGCUAAGUCUUGCUAGAAAUUUAAGUGUGAAAAGCCUCAAAUUAUCUGCAUAAUGCUGGAUCUGUUUUCUCUCUUGGCAUUGCUCUCAACCAUUGUAACAUGGUAAAAAUGCUUGCUUAGCCUAUUGUCACAUAUUGCCUAUCAUAACAUAUUGCCUAUCUUCACAUAUUUCUUAUCUUCACAUAUUGCCUAUAAUCACCUAUUGCCUAUCUUCUCACAGAUAUCCUUUUAGGCUGGUUCAACAACUCUUCAGAGCUUGAUAUUAUUGACUUCUUCUCUUUGCUGGAGUAAGUUUUAUUUUUUUUUUAAACUGUUUCUAAAUUAUAUUUUAUUAUCUGCUCCCACUGUACUUAGAAUAUGCUGAAAUUCUUCCUCACUUUAUUGUAUGUCACAUUGGCAACUAUAAAAUACAUUUGUCACUUCCAGGCUGUGGCAUAAAACAAAUAAGAUAGUUCAUUAAUCUUUAUUUAGUAUUUCUUGAUGUCAUUGAACAAUUCUGCAGUUGCAAAUAAGUUCCAUAUGAAUUUUUAUGCUCCAGGCUAGGCCUCAAACACUUCCAGUACCAGGGCCGCAAGAAAAUAGUUACUCUCAGGUAAACUCUCAAAAUGUCAAUGUGUAAACACUCAAAAUGUCAAUGUGUAAGCACUCAAAAUGUCAAUGUGUAAACACUCAAAAUGUCAAUGUGUAAACACUCAAAAUGUCAAUGUGUAAACACUCAAAAUGUCAAUGUGUAAACACUCAAAAUGUCAAUGUGUAAACACUCAAAAUGUCAAUGUGUAAACACUCAAAAUGUCAAUGUGUAAACACUCAAAAUGUCAAUGUGUAAGCACUCAAAAUGUCAAUGUGUAAACACUCAAAAUGUCAAUGUGUAAACACUCAAAAUGUCAAUGUGUAAACACUCAAAAUGUCAAUGUGUAAGCACUCAAAAUGUCAAUGUGUAAACACUCAAAAUGUCAAUGUGUAAACACUAAAAAUGUCAAUGUGUAAACACUCAAAAUGUCAAUGUGUAAGCACUCAAAAUGUCAAUGUGUAAGCACUCAAAAUGUCAAUGUGUAAACACUCAAAAUGUCAAUGUGUAAGCACUCAAAAUGUCAAUGUGUAAACACUCAAAAUGUCAAUGUGUAAACACUCAAAAUGUCAAUGUGUAAACACUCAAAAUGUCAAUGUGUAAGCACUCAAAAUGUCAAUGUGUAAACACUCAAAAUGUCAAUGUGUAAACACUCACAAUGUCUGUCAAUGUGCCCCGUGUGUAAAUGCUUUCCUCAAUUUGUGUUUUGAACUUCUCUUUUUGCAGCUCUGAUUAUAAGUGUUCAAUACUUAUGCUUUCAAAAUGACAUUCAAAAUCAAAACGUUGAAACUACAAAUGACUUGCGAAAUGGCUAUCCACAUUUGUGAACUGUACCAACCAAAAUAAAAUAAUGAUUAAUCAGUUCAUUCUCAUAAUGAAUCAUUCUUGAGCUCAACUGAUGGCAUCUAACUUGCCUCUGGGCAGACUGUCCUAUAAAGGAAUCGUAACAAUUUAAGUUAUGUGUUACUUAUUAAAGAAUUCUUAUUAAAGAAGUCUCCUGGCUUGUUGACAAAUGAUUUCAUUUUAGUACAGUAUGCGGAAAUAGCUUUCAUUUUGCAUUGUUUAUCUACAACUGACCCCAUUUGCAUAUUCCAAUGGCGGUUGUUGCCCUCUCAAGUCACAGAGUCACGCUGGUGUGCUGUGGCUGACUGGUUGGGGCAGUCAAUGGAAAUUAAUUUAUUUUGUUACCCUCUCAAGUCAUAUUUUUAGUGUGCUGUGACUGACUGGGUGGGGGAAGACAUUAAGAAAGCUUCAAUGCCAAUUAAUAUAUUUUGUUACCCUCUCAAGUCAUAUUUUUAGUGUGCUGUGACUGACUGGGUGGGGGAAGACAUUAAGAAAGCUUCAAUGCCAAUUAAUAUAUUUGAUGAAACUCUCAGACAAUUCAAUAUAAAACUGUAUUAUCCUUUGUUAUACCAAAUAUUACUUCUCUUUUGAAGGAAGGCAAAACCCUAUGGUGUUUGUUGAAAUAAUAGUGUUGUCAAAUCAAAUUAGAACUUGACAAGCUCUCGCCAGACAUGCUAAGAUUUUAUUGACCUGUGUGUGCUAAUGAUCACGCCAUUUUUAUGUCUCAGCAUGAUAGGAGGUCAGAUGAUAGGUGGACAGAGUAAGUCCUCCACGAUGCCAACACCGUUACAGAAUCAGCGUGGACGCCCCAUCAGUUUGUCAUCACAGAGAACUCCUAGCCAGUAUGGAGAUAUGAUCCCUGAAAGUUUUCACAGUAUGUGCCUUCAAAGUAUCUGUUAAGCAUGUAUUUUGUCACAGUAUGUGCCUUCAAUGUAAUCUGUUUAGCACGUGUUUUGUCACAGUAUGUGCCUUCAACGUGUCUGUUUAGCAUGUGUUUUGUCACAGUAUGUGCCUUCAAAGUAUCUGUUUAGCAUGUGUUUUGUCAAAGUGUGUGCCUUCAAAGUAUCUGUUUAGCAACGUUUUUUUCACUAAUUGCUCGUUUGGUUACUUAGUAGUUAUUUUGUUACUUUUUAGUCCUUUAUAAUUUUUUAAAUUACUGGUUUUUUAUUUUUUUAGACUAUGUUAGUAAUCCUCAAAAUAUAAUAUUAUUUUCACCUAUGCCACAACGUUCUCAUCACUUAACAAAUUCAUCAAAUAAACUAACUUGACAUCAUACCUUACAUGACAUUAUACACUCAUGACAUACCCUGCAUGAUGAUAUCCCUUACAUAACAUUAUACCCUCCAUGAGAUCACACAUACCCUGCACAACAUUAUAUCCUAACCUACAUAACAUUAUACCCUCCAUGACAUUAUACCCUGCACAACAUUAUAUCCUAACCUACACAACAGUAUACCCUCCAUGACAUCAUACCCUGCACAACAUUAUAUCCUAACCUACACAACAGUAUACCCUCCAUGACAUCAUACCCUCCAUGACAUCAUACCCUCCAUGACAUCAAACCCUCCAUGACAUCAAACCCUCCAUGACAUCAUACCCUGCACACUGUUGUAACAUUGACUUAAUUCCACUUGUCCACUGUCCUUGUUCCAUCCCAAGCACCGACACACUCGGAUGCUGAUGCCAUGAUCCGAGCCCUGCAGGAGGCAAACAUAUCCACAGAAGUUGGUCUCAUAGUCUUGGACGUUCUCAGCCUUUUCUGUACAACAUUCAAGGUAAGCUUCUCAGCCUUUCUGUACAACAUUCAAAGUAAGUUCAUGUCAUCUGUAACUUGGGGGCUUUCAUUUUGGAAAAUAAAGUCUUGCAUGCAGCGUUUCCCAAAUGCCGGGUCCUGACCCAGUACCAGGCCAUGAAAGCAAAAGUAGCGGGUAUUGAAAACCUAGCUAUGUGCUUGUUUUUUUUUGUUUUGCUGUUUGGUUAGUUAAGGAUAAGGAUUUGUCUCAUUCUGUAGAAUGUCCAUCGAGGCGUGCAUGAGAAUGUGAAAGCAAAGUACCACGCAAUUUUUUUUAAAGUUUAAAUGCUUUUCUUUAUUAAAAGAUAUAAAAACUGUAUGGACGUUCAUAUCUGUUUUAUGUCACCUGUUGGCAAGACAAAGCUGUACAAGUUUUGGUGGGUCUUGAAAGAGAAACAACUGGGCCACACACAAAAAAUAAUUGGGAAACUUUGAUGUAAAGAAUUUUUCUCCUGAAAUAUAUUAACUUGUCAUGAAAUGAUCAUAUAAGAAUUUGAUUUUCCCUAUUGAUGUGACACAAGGGACAAAUUACAUCAAAUAAAGAUUGUUGAAACCCCAUAAAUGUUGUUUCUUUAAAUGUCACAGCUCAGUGUGUGUGUUGAAAAAGACAAUAUUGCCCUAUUAAUGAUGUGUCCCUUGGUUUGUGCCAACAGAAAGAUCUGGAGGCCAGAGGGGGAGAUAACAGCAUGAUGCGUACAGUCUUUCAGCUGUAUCUAGGCUUCCUUAGGUCCAGCCAGUCAGAGACGUUGCAGAAACAUGUUUUUGGUGCGUGGAGGGCAUUCAUAAAGAAGGUCAGUCAUUUGUUCUUUUCUGCUCUAUGAUUUUACAUAUUCAACCAGUGUCUUAACCUAAUGAACGCUAUAACUGCUAAAUCCGGCCAGCACUGAUUCAACCAGCGUCUUACCCUAAUGAACGCUGUAAUUGCUAACUCCGGCCAGCACUGAUUCAAUCCCAUUACGGCCAACUCCGGCCACUCAACACUUUUGUUUACACACUGCUAAACAGAAAGUAGAAAUCCCCCAUUUAAAUGAAAAUCUUGCUAGAAAUGAGACCAAGGGAGACUACUGUCCUUAAAAAUAUUUUUUUUAAAGUCAAGUACUUCAUAAAAAAUUGACUUUAGGAAUUAACACAAGAAAAGUAUUAGGGAAUAAUGCUACACAACACACAAAGCAACCAUUUAUGAAUGAUAAUCAAAUUAUUGCAUAUUAUACAACAGUAAGGGUGGAGUUGUUCCCCUUUGGCUGGGGGGGGGGGGGGCCAAAAUGAAAAAUUUUGGCGGGGGGGGGGGGGUCCAAAUGCUAAAAUUUCUGAACGCCCAGUAUUGAAUGGGUUAACCAUGUUUAAUUCACAAACUAUGAAUGAGAGCCACUCUGGAUUUAAAUUGUAAUAUGUAAUUGAGCUUAACAUGUAUAAUAAGGUGAUAGGAAACUAUAAUAGAGGUAUUUGUAUUUAAUAAGGUGAUGGGAAAACAAAAUGGUUUAUCAAGACUGUCUCUAAACUAAGUGAGGUACACUUGUAUGUGUGAUGAAGGCAUGUGCCGAAAUGUAUACUUUUGUAUUGUGUAAAAUUAUUAUUAAAGCUUACCUUAUAUUGUUACAUUGACACGAUUUGUUGGUGUCUAAUUAAUCUAAAACAAGUGAACUUGAUUUUUUUUUUUUUUUCGUCAUUACUUUUUGUCAUUAGCCAAAGAAAUUUAUUGUAAUUUAUUUUUGAUGCAAAAUGUGUACAAAAUUUUAUUUCAAUAUCUUUUGGGCCUGUCAAAUCUUUGGUCUUCUUGAUGCAGGUCCCACUGCAUGGUGCAUUAUUUAAGUUGAUUCUGUAUGUGUUGAAAAUUAUAUAAAGUCAAUUCAAAUCCAUUAAAUGUGUAACAAUGAUCUAAGUUUAAAAAACCUAUUAUUAUGUCCUGAUUAGUUCCAGCAAGUGUUGUUCAAAGGCAGCGCCGACAUGUGUGGGGAGCUCUGCUAUGAGGUAAGAUGACAAACAAGAUUCAUUCACUGGGUUAGUAAGGUCUGAUCUAGUCCCAUUCACAUUGAUUCAUAGUGAGAGCACAAGGGCUUUUUUUUUAAACUCUUUGGAUUUAUUAAUAGAUCACUCUGCACAUUUUCUUUUCUUUUUCUGGAUCCCACAUCAACAUUUAGUUAACAUAAAUAAAGUCUUUUCAUUUAAUAUAAUCAUUUUUCAAUUAUAGGAUAGUUAGAGCAUGUUUUUUUAAAAAUUCCUGCUUUCUUGGUAUAUUUUAAAUAGGCAGCUUUCUUGUUAUUUAGUCACUGAAGUUUAUUUCUGUGCUGGCAGAAUAGAAACAUGAAUAACAAAAAGUCUCUUUAAAACCAUCUGAAUUGACCUGUUCUAUGUUAUAAUAAAAAUAUCAAUUAGAAAAUUUCAAUGUUUAAUAAUAAGAUGAAUAAUGGAGAUGAAUUUAUCUGAAACAAUGUUAUAUUUUAAAGCUCUGUUCACUGAACUAAAAAAAAAAAACCUCGAGAGGGAAAUAAAUGUGCCUGUUGCAAUUGGUUGUUUUCAUUUCCUGUGCAGAUUUUAAGGUGCUGCAACUCCAAGCUGAACUCUACCAGGCGAGAAGCCUGCGCCUUGCUUUACCUGCUGAUGAGAAGCAAUUUUGAGUUCUCAAACAGAAAAAGCUUCACUCGUGUACACUUACAGGUAAAUACAUUGUCUGAAUAUAGAAAUACUGGUGGAUGCAGUUAAAUACAUUACAUCUCCUCUAUAUAGAAAUAAAAGUGCAUGUUGAAAUAGAAAUUCUACUCGGGACACAUCCACUGGCAGUUUAUUGUUUUGAACCAGGGAUUGUCAACCUUUUUCUUAUGGGGGGAACCCUAGACUUAGCAUCCUCCAGAUUUUAAAAUUGAAACCAAUGCAAAGGAAGAGUGAUAUGGACAAAGGAAGCCCCUCGUAUUCACAGACCUUCAGAAGGCAAUUUACUGGAUCAGCUGAAGCAGAUUUGUAAUGACCCUUAUAGGAAAAAAGGGAUUUCACUGCUGUCAUCAGGUUGUUUCACUAGGAUAUACAUAUCUCAGAAUAGUUAAGAGAAAUUCCCAGUCAGCAUUGGAGUGAAGCAAGGUAUCAUCUUUUUCUCCAUGUUCCUUCAAGAUGUUGUGAAGGACUACAAAUUAGGGAACAUCCACACCAGUCUUUUCAAGCUAAUUCAAAGUUAUCCACCUCUUAUCAAAGAUUAAGUCUAAAACGUUCUCACCCAUGAACUGAUCUUUGUAACAAUAGGGCCUUAAAAAGAAAUAGUUCAUUUGUAAGUUGCUUCACUCCCGCCUUCAAGGAGUUUGGACCGGCCAUCAGCCAGAAGGAGAUAAAUGUCUUUGUGGAAGAAGUAUUCUCACCUAACUACCAUUUUUAAGGGAUUCACCAUGGGCUUUGGAAAUUGACAUAACUUGGAUCCACCAUCUCAUGCUUACUAUCCCAUUAAUGAUGUAAGAAACAAGAUAUUGCCAAAGCAGCAGCCUCUAUGGUAGAUUGAACUAGGGGGUCUGGUACUUUACCCUCAAAGAUGGGACACAAGUAUGCAUCUUUCAGGCAAUAUCCAGACUCUCCAGCCAUAAGCUAAAAUUCAACAGCUAUCUUCUGAAAUGUAAAUUUCAAUAGCUUUUGCCUGAGAUUUAUGUUUCAACAGCUUUCACCUGAGAUAAAUUGUUCAUCCUUCGCAGGGGGGAAGAUGACCAAGACAAUGCUUGUCCUGUGUAGUAGCCUUGACUUGAGCUGUAGCCUUAACUUGACCAGUAGCCUUGACUUGAGCUGUAUUUUCUUUAUUAAAUUCUUUAAUAAAAAGAAUUUGAUCAAAUGGCCAGACUUUGUGAGGACGACUGGACAUAGACUAGGAUGCAGCAGAUGACCAGCGGUGUGUCUUGUGUGUAUCACUGUCCACUUUAUGCAUUCAACAUCACAGGAGUUGUCAGAGUUUUGAUUGUGUCAAUAUGCUGCCUAUGGGACUGAAUCUCCGAGUUCGAUUUUAGAGUUUCUCCUCUCUUAGAUGAUUUGCGAUCCAAGGUUAACGAGUCCCAUCCACCCGGGUGUGCUGAUGAUGCUUUUGCUUUUGUUGGGGGCUUGAACUCCAGUCCACUAGCUUGGGAUUGACUCAGCUUAGGCCACUGGGCCACCCAAGUAACCAAUAGUGUUGCCUUAGAAUAUGCCCAGCAUGUCCACUCUCAUUGAAAACACCUUCACAAUGACUUCUGCAUGGGAAACUUCCCUUAGAGGCAUAUCUACUGGACAGACGUAUCUUCAUGACGGGGAAAUAUGCACAAAACGUAGAAACCUCAACUACAUGUAGGACUGUGAAGCUGAUGUCUUGCUGUGAAACAAUGAGGCUAAAUAGCCUUAUGAGGUACGAGAUGCUAACUUUUCUAAAAGCAGACUUAGGAGAAAGCCUUUAAAAAAAACAAAGCUUUUGACAACAUGGGAAAUGCACCAGUGACUGUAACUCCAGAUUAAGACUCUUUCAACACUUCCUGUAGGUGCAGAAAGCAAUUUCAGAUUAUAAAUAUUUUGCCUCAUGAACUUUUUCAAAAAAUUUUAUGUGUUUGGUGAAACUUGUUCUUUAUUUCUUUUGUUCAUUUAGACAUAUUUUGAAAUAAUAUCUAUUACAUUUUAUUUCCUUUUUCUGAUUUGCCAUGUUCCGUCCCCCACCAACAAAUGAUGUGUUUGGCAAUGGUGCAUUUAGCACACUGUUAAGUUUCAGAUAAUAGAGGGUUGAACCCAAAACAAAACACUUAUCAACCAGUUCAAAUUUUUUCAUUACGGCUGUAUCAGUUGUGACUUGUGAAAGCAAAUGUUUCAACAAAAUACCCCUCAGGUGAUCAUUUCUGUGUCCCAACUGAUCGGCAUUGUCGUUGGACUCAGCACGACACGCUUCCAGGAAAGCCUGGCCAUCGUCAACAACUAUGCCAACAGCGACAAGAGUAUACAGGUAACUACAGCAUUUCAUUUUAUGUCCAUACCUUCAAUUUUCAAUAUAAAAAUAUUUUUUUUAACUCUUAGGAACAGUGUUACAUGUAUAUGAACCUUUCAGAAGUUGUGCAUGCUUCUAUCAUUUUUUAUUUACUAUGCAAGCUGUAAAUGGACUGUGUUGAGUUUAUUUAGCCUUAAGCUUUCACAACACAUUUCCAGCCUACUAGUCUCAACUGUUAGACUUUCAAUAUAACAUUGCUAUGACAGACUUUCAGUAUAACUUGUGCUAUGACAGACUUUCAGUAUAACAUUGCUAUGACAGACUUUCAGUAUAACAUUGCUAUGACAGACUUUCAGUAUAACUUGUGCUAUGACAGACGUUCAGUAUAACAUUGCUAUGACAUAAUACUUGUUAAAAUAGGUUCAGGUGGGUUUAGCAUGACUUUCAGGUAAUCCAUUCUUGGCAGAAAUGCUUUUUGUUUAAGUUGAAAAUUUAAAGAAAUAUUUGUCUAACAAAUAAAAUAAUUAUUUUAAUUUAUUUCUAUACUUAUUAUUGAAAUGUAUCUAAUUAUAGUCUUGACCAACACUCAUUAUAUUCUUGGAUGGCUUGGUUUUUUUGUUUUUGUUUUUUUUCCCUUCUUUUUUUUUUAAAUUUUAGUUUCAAUUUUUUGGGGAAUCAACAAUAUCUUGCUAUUUUAAAUAUAGUUAAAAAUAAUCCCAGUUAGAAGAUUAUAUUAGCUAGUUCUAAGAUUAAUUUAGCUUCUCAUCCUGUUCUUGUUGCCUCAGCAUUUAGAUCAGAAGGAACUUACAGUGAGUGACUUGAUUUUUGUACAGCUUCUCCUAGAUUAUCUUAGUCACUUUUGGUUCUUUUUUUUUCUUUUCUUUUUUUUUCUUCAAAUUUACAAUAAUUCUUUUGGGAUAAUCUGCAGUAUUUAUGAUCUUCUGGGGAAGCCGUUCAUGAAAUUUCAUGUUAUUUCUUCUUAAUUUAAAAAAUAUUACUAUUGCUUUGAUUUUGAUAGUAUAUAGUUUGUCAUCUCAAAAUUGAAUCUUUAUUAUCAUAACAUAGCCUCUAUUAAUCUUUUUUGUUUUGUUUUUUGUUUGAUUUGUUAUUUUUUUAAACACAGUUUUGAGACUUAACGUUUAUCAUAGUUCUAAUCAUUGCAAAAAUCUAUUCCCACACUAAGCCUGCAAGCAAGAAUUAUUUUAAUUGUGUGGAAUCUCCUCACUCUAGUAUAUGUUCUUGUUCUCUAGCAAGGCUGCAGUGCUAGCUUAGUCCGUAACCCAUUUCAAUAUUGCUUUAUACUUUGCAUACCGCCACCUUUCAUUUCUUUCAGUUAUGUUGUUAUUAUUUGUAUUUAAAUUUUAUGCUGAUUAAAAAAAGAAAAAUUAACAAGCUUCAUCUGAUCCAGUAAAGCAAGCUUUAAACUCUAUUCCCACUUUAACUUUGAAUUAUACAAAGAUAUGAUAAAUACUUGUUAGUAGUAGUUAGCUUGAUUGGACUAUGCACUGUGACACACUCCCUUACCAAUGACAUGAAUUAUUUAGUUCAAGAAUUGCUAAAUUGUUUCCUGAAACAGCUGUAAGUUACAUUGACCACAUAACGAUACAUUAACUCAGUGAGACUCAUUGAAAGCAUCUUCGGGAUACUGUUCAUUUUCAGUUGAUGCAGAUUCAUAGUAAAAAAAAUAUUGCUGCUGCUCCUUUUUUAUUUAUAUGAAUUAAGUUAAAUGAAAAAGGUUCAUAGAUUGAGUUACAUGUUUUUCUUGUAUGGAAUGAGUCAUGUUUAUAUCUUGAGCUUCACUGUUCAAUUGUGUGGCUGUUAUAAGGAGGUUGUUACUGGCUUCAGAGAUAUAUGCAAAAUGAAAUAAUGACAACCACUGUCAUUAUAAAUCAGAUGGUUUGGUUAUAUUGCUAAAACAUCUAUCUUAAAUUUAGCUCAAAGAUUCUAUCUGAAUUUUACAUUUAAGUUACAUUCUGAUUUUCCUUGUAUCUAAACUGAUUGCAACCUCUAGACCAGUGUUUGGCAAUGAGUGGCUCUGGGGCCACAUGAGGCUGUUUGAAAGGAGAGAUGCAACUCUUUUACUAAUUGAUAAUGACAUUUAAAAAAUAUUUUUUUUUAAGAGAUAUAAUUUAUAAAAAUGACUCCUCAAAUGAAAAAAAAAAUGUUGCUGAUCCCCUGCUUCAGACAAUGUUUAUUGUUUUAGAUGAAAUAAAAGAAAAAUUCUAUUUCACUGGUGAGGGCUGCUAUUCAUUCAUAUUAUAUCCGCCUGCUGUCCUCACCCCACAUACUUCUUAUGUAGUAUAUAAAAUAUGACAAGGUAGGGUAGGGGAGAAGGUUUCCUGUUAUCAUCUCAUCAUGAAAUGCCUGCAGACAAAAGUACAUGCAAAAAUCAGACUGAAUGUGUCUGAAGAGCUCAGACAUCAAAAUAAAGCAGAUCAUGAUAAUGUUACAUGGCUCUACUGUCUAAACUUGAACAUGGAAGUGUUUUUAAUCAGCUUUAUUGUGCAUUCCAUCUUCAAGAAUGUCUUUCUCUAUUAUUAUUUCUGGAUGGGUGCUAGAAAUGAGUCUUUCUUAGAUUUUAAAAUAAUUAAUCUGGCGGGUGUGCUUCAUUUUAAUUUGAAUUUAUGUGGCUCUUUUAUUGACAGAAUUUAUUUGUUCAAUGGACAAAAUGUGUUCUGUAUGGAUUGGAUAUGCAAAAUAUAUGUUAUGACAAGUUUGUUAAAGUUUGAAAAUAUUACUUAAAUUACUUAGACUUUCAAAAAGGAUUUAUUUAUUUAUAGAACUAAUUUCUUAUUUAAUAAUGAAUAACGUAUCUUCAUUUUAGACUGAGACUUUGAAUGUAUUAACUAGACACAAUGUUAAACUUUUAUUAUGAUAAUAGAUGUAAAUGUCUCUGAACAACUAACAGGUGAUAGCAGGGGAGAUAACUGCUGAUGUUUACAACCGCCUUUAAAUUGCAAUUUAAAAUGUUGCUUUGUCUGAAUAGUCAGUUUUUUUAAAAACUUAAUAUUCAGCACCCCAGCUGACAUCAAGGAACACCCCUAAAUGUUAAAUAUUUUAAUUUUGGCUCCACUUCAUAAAGAACAAUAUACAAAUAAAGUUUUCUCUGAAGACUUUAUUUUGUUAAAAAUAUAAGGUUAAUAAAAAAUUAUUAUUGUUUUGUUGAACUCUAUUUAAAUUUAGAAUAAUAGUUUCUUCACCAAAGUGUGUUCUUUUAGAAUACAAGCAUAUAAUCUUUUCUUAUCCCCUUUUAUGUAACUUGACAUGAACACAUUCUGCUCGUUUCAUGUUUCAACUUUUUUAGACCAAUUUUAAACAUUUCUCUGUAUCCUAGACAAGGGAUUGGACAAGUAAGGCCCAUGAGUCACAUCCGUCUAGCUACUCGGGCUUAUCAGAGUAAUAGUAUCUUUGAAGUGACAAUCUGAAGGAUUGGCAAUUGUGCAUUAGAAUGCUUAGACCGGAGGGGGGGGGGGGAUUACAAAGGCAUUGAUCAGUGCAAUUUAGAAAGGAUGAAAUUAAAGAGUUGAAAGUAGACUAUUUCCUAAAGAGUAGAAAGAAGUCUAUUUGCUCUAUGAGUAGAAAGUAGCCUAUUUUGUCUAUUUGAAAGUAGCCCAUAAAGUCUGCAAGCUAGCACAUUUGUUAUAUGCUGGGGUUAAAACAUGGAGUGUCAUUCACCUCCAUGGCUUCAAUUAUCAGUACCACCAAUUCUGUCAGUCGGCUCCGUUGUGAAAAGAUUUUGAUGCAAAGUUUUAUAUCUCAGUGCGGAUAUUAAGAUCUCAAAUUUUCCUUUAAAAUAGGGAAUUGCUUUGGAAAUUAGUUGUUGUUUUUUUUUUUGUGUAGGUUUGACCAAAAAAAUGAACGAACUGAAUCUUAGAUUACAAGGCGGCGCAAGCUUGUCUUGGACAUAUACGCCAAUUUAAAUGCCUUUCGGAAAAAAUUAAUGUUCUCGCGCUUCCAAUUUGCUAAAGAAGCGAGAGGCCGAUUCCCAUGCGAGUUUGUGCAGUUAGUGCUUUCUGAUUCCCAUGCCAGUUUGUGCAGUUAGUGCUUUCUGAAUCAAGACAGCAGUUUCAGGAUCAUUUUCUGAUCUAGAUGGAAGUGCAACAAAAAUAAGAACAUUUUGAAACCUAGCAUUGCUGAUGAGCUGUGAGCUGAACUUUAAAUUGAAGGGAUCAGUCUGCAGCCCAAUGAUAUUUUGAAAGACAGAAACACAGUGGUGACACUGAUGGACUUGAAAUAAUGGGUCCCAGGUUACAGGCUCAUUAAACAGCCUUUGCUCAUGAAGUAAUUUCAGUCUUUUGUUAACCUAUUGAUGGAGUACUUGCCAGCAAUUUUGAUCACAGGAACUACUAACUUUGAGCCUAGAAUAAUUGGCAUUAUGUCAAAAAGCACUGUCUUCACACUUCUUACUGAUUUAGAACAAUAUUUUAUCAAAUCUCAAGUCUCAAUAAAUCUAUGGAAUAUGUGUGAUAAAAGCAAUAAUUUCUUGCUUCAUUUUACAUUUAGUUGAUUUAGACAAGGAAAAAAGUUUGUUCUUACAUGCUUUGAAUAUUCAUUUUUAUAGAAUAAAAAUGUGUGAAAUAUUCAGAUAGUAAUAUGGGCCUAUAUGGUUUAUGACAACCAUCAGGCCCCCAGAGUCUGACAAGAUCUUCAUACCACCCCUCCUCAAAAAAAGUAUGCAGACUCCUGCCCAGAGAGUUAAAAUUUGGCAGACAGUGUCAUUUCUUCACGUUUCUGCACAUUUUAAAGUUUGAUUCAUUCUCGAUUUAUGCAAUAUGAAAAUCAUGUAGUUAACAGAUUUUUUAAAAAUUUACUUUUAAGUUGAAAUUUGAAUUAUUUUAAUCUAGGGAAGCAACAUUUAUUUUUCUUGUUACUUUGCCCAAGAAAUUAGAAAAAUAUGAUAAUAUUUCAUGCUAGAAAAUUUUGAAACCAACUGUUUUGCAGUAGGUAAAAGUUAGGGAGAUAACCAUCUUGAAAUGGAUGGAGGGUUUGGUUGGAGUUACUUCACUUUGUUUGUUAGAGAUGAAGCGAAUAGAUUAUUUAAAAGAACUAAACAAAGAAGGACUUUUAUAUGAAACAUUUGUCCUUCCCCAUGUAAAACUCUUUUCAUAACAUAAAGAUUUAAAAUAAGAUCUCUGCCUUAACAUUAAAGAAACUAAAAUAAAAACGUGUGAAAUUUUGACUUAGAGAUGUAUUUCUCCCAAUAGAAACAGUGCGUUAGGAAAGAAAUAAUUUUUAAUGUCAUAGUUAAAGAUUGAUUUUUAAUCGUUGGGUUUUUUUUUAUGACUUUAGUUUGUUUUAUAAUAUUUUAAUUUUGAACUUUCAUUCUAAAUUUUUUUUUUUAAAUAUUCAUUUAUUUAACAAUUCUUUGGAUUUAAGUAACUAUUUUUAUUUACUUAAAAAUGUAGUUACCAGACUAAGGAAAAUACAAAAUAUAUGUAGAUCUAUUGAUUAUCUGUCAAAUGUUUUCUAUGGAUUCUUUUUUUUUUCCCUGACCCUGUCACAUGUGACUGAUCACCUUUUGAAGAUUGGGUAGCCAGUAACUGUAGCACUCAUGUGACUGAUCACCUUUUGAAGAUUGGGUAGCCAGUAACUGUAACACUCAUGUGACUGAUCAUCUUUUGAAGAUUGGGUAGCCAGUAACUGUAACACUCAUGUGACUGAUCACCUUUUGAAGAUUGGGUAGCCAGUAACUGUAACACUCAUGUGACUGAUCACCUUUUGAAGAUUGGGUAGCCAGUAACUGUAACACUCAUGUGACUGAUCACCUUUUGAAGAUUGGGUAGCCAGUAACUGUAACACUCACGACAUAAAAAAAAUGUUCCCACAACUUAAAUAUUUGUUCCUAACAGUUGCAGUUAGUCUUCAUUUGAUCUGUUCAAGAAUUGUGAAAAUACAUUUGUAAAAAAAUAAAAGCACUUAAGAUUUUGGGGAAAACGGAGAGGGGGUGUGUGUGGGGGUGGAUAGAUGGCUCAAGUCUUUAUUAAUUUUUGGGAUUUCUUUUUAAAUAUAGGGGCAGUUAACAAUGGAAUGGGUUUUUAUUUGGGGCGGGGGGGGGGGGUCUGCAUGCAUUUAUUAUUGGUUUAACCAGGUUACACUUUCUUUUGAACAUUUAACUAUCAAGACAGGAUUAGGUCAACUUACUUCCUUGAAGUAUUCUAUGGCCUAAUUGUGGUGAAAAUAUUCAUGCUGUGUUCCUGGUCAAAGUCAUAGUUUAGUGUCCCAAGGUCUGUUAUACAUAGCUUUUCAUUUGGAACUCCCUUCAUUUCAUCCCAUAUUAAAGAUAAGGACUUGGGGGAGGUUUGACCUAGAACUUGGGGCAUAUGGGGGGGGGGGUGCCUCUGACCUAGAACUGUGUAAGUUAGUGUGAUUGCAGAGACACAUAUCUGCAUGAUAACUUGAAUAAAUUCGUUUUAUGCUGGGCUUCUGAUUUGUGUGAUUUAUGUCCAUGUAUUGUGUUAGGGUGUAGCACCUUGACAGACAGAGUAAGAACCAAUUACAGUGGAAAUGUUACGUGAUGUUUAGGUCCAUGUAUUGUGUUAGGGUGUAGCACCUUGACAGACAGAGUAAGAACCAAUUACAGUGGAAAUGUUAUGAAUUGGUAUGUUGAUUAUGUUUGUUUUUUUUAAAUAUUCCUGUUGUACACAUGAACCAGCAUUAUGCUUAUCUGAUAUGGCAAUUCAAAUACUGUUUCCAUACAUUUUAUUAAGCUUGUGCAUUGAUUUAAUGAUGGCAAAACAUGCUGGGUUUUUUAGUCAUUAUUUAGAGCUUAAUUUCAUUAAAUUUCUACAAAAUAAUCAAUCGUUGCUGUAACUAUAAGUCUAGUUGUACACAUUUUACAGGAAACCCCAUAAACCUUGUGACAGAGAACGUACUUACCCUCAGACAAUUUUACAAAUAUUUUACAGGUCAUUGGGAAGCCCUAGAUUUUCAUAAAUUUGGAGGGAAAAAAUGUGUUUUUUUAAAUAUUCUACUUUUGAGUUUAGAGAGUUCCAGUGACACAAUAUGCUUUUACCAUAAUUCAGAGAGUUCCAGUGACACAAGAUGCUUUUACCAUAGUUUAGAGAGUUCCAGUGACACAAUAUGCUUUUACCAUAGUUUAGAGAGUUCCAGUGACACCAUAUGCUUUUACCAUAGUUUAGAGAGUUCCAGUGACACAAUAUGCUUUUACUACAGUUUAGAGAGUUCCAGUGACACAAUAUGACUUUACCAUAAAUUCUUCACCUGAACUCUAAACUCCAUGAGUUAUGCUGAAUUGUAUUGUAUUUACCCCCCUUUGUGUUACUUCUCUACUGUAAGGCUAAACUUAGUACAAGGCUUUACAGAAUUGUUAGGUUUAAAAAAAUUAAUUUCUUCCAGCUGUUUAAACACUAAUUUAUUUAUUUAUUUUUGUAGAAUGUCAAAAAGAUAUAGACCUAACUAAUUUGAAAGUAAAUCUUUGAAUGGUCAAACUAGAGAAUUUUAAAAAUAAAAUUGUUUGAAUACAAAUCAGUCAGGGAAAUAUUUCUAUAGUGACCUAAAAGUUAAGUAACUUGGAUGAUGGUUGUUGGUUGGUGAGAAGUGGGGGGGGGGAGGGGGGGGGGCAUAUCAUGCGAACCGAUCAUCCAUCUUCUGCGACAGGCCACACAGCAUGAAUGAAAUGCUCCCAAUAGAUGGGCAAUCAUAGUAAAUAAAACCAUGGGGUUAGGAAAAGUGACUCACUGAUAGGGUAGAGAGGAUUUAGUGGUUAAACAAUGAGGUCGUGUAUAAGGGCCCGUUGCUUGAGGCACGCUAGGCUUUGAUGUGGCCUUGUUUAAAUAUGGAACUUGAGUGAUAGUAAAAACAACUUGCUGUGUCAGUAUUAGCAGCAAAGUCAUUAUCUUGGUGCUAGAGCAUAGUUAUCUCUGUGCUAGAACAUAGCAGUUAUCUUUAUGCCUGUCCAGUAAUGUGGAGUAUCUGACAGUUCAAUGUAAGUUUUUAUGUAUAUUAUCAGUGAGAAUGCUGGAAAAUUGCUAUAAUACAUGAUAUUGCAGUGCCUUAAUAUAUUCCUUCCUUUGAAAUGUUUUGGUCUGAACUAGAAGUGUCCCUUUAAGCUGCAGAAAAACAACAAGAUACUGAGAAAUGUUUGUGCAGAUAGAAGAUGGCAGAGCCAGACUAUUUAUUUGUGCAGAUAAAAGAUGGCAGAACCAGACUAUUUGUUUGUGCAGAUAAAAGAUGGCAGAGCCAGACUAUUCAUUGGCUGUUAACAUUUUGAUUUUCUUAACUUUUUAAAUGUUUGAACUGUUGUUAAGAUGUAUUUUAAUGAACUGAAUUUUGUUUCCUAGGCUAACAUUUCUGUCAAAAACCAAAAUACAAACUACAUGUAAACGAGUCCUGUUAUGGUAGUUGCUGCUAGAGCCUUAGUGAUGAAGCACAUUUCUUAUGACUUUGAUCUCAAUGGUUUUAGAGCCUUAGUGAUGAAGCACAUUUCUUAUGACUUUGAUCUCAAUGGUUUUAGAGCCUUAGUGAUGAAGCACAUUUCUUAUGAUUUUGAUCUCAAUGGUUUUAGAGCCUUAGUGAUGAAGCCCAUUUCUUAUGACUUUGAUCUCAAUGGUUUUCGUUUCUGCCUUCAAGAAAACCCCAUUCCCCGGGGAAGUGCGGGACCUGACGAAGAGGAUCAGAACGGUCCUGAUGGCCACGGCCCAGAUGAAAGAAAAUGAGAAUGACCCUGAACUGCUUGUUGACUUGCAGUACAGCCUGGCCAAAUCAUACGCCAGCACACCAGAACUGAGAAAAACCUGGCUGGAUGCUAUGGGGAAACUGCACCAGAGACGAGGGGAUUAUUCUGAGGUUUGUGGGUUGAAUUAAAUUAGCUUAUAGAGAAUGUAUAGUCUUAUGGAAACAUCAAACAGUUAAUUGUCUUAGAUCAGUGGUUCCCACACUGUGUCACUGGGUUUCCGCCAAGGCCUCAUUGGGGUUCCACAGAAAAAAUUAAUUUAAAACCAGAAUUUAAAAUAUUUUGUAAUUAAAAAUGUCUAAUUCCUACUUAUCAAAUGAUCACCUAAUGACAGCAGCUUUAUGUAUUUCCACUAUUUUCAACAUCUUAUACCUCCAGUUUGUCAGAGAUGGUGAACAAGCAAAGACAGUUUCAGAAAAGAAAGACAUUUUUUUUUAAAGUUUUCCUUUCUUUGAAGUUGAAAGAAAAAUACAAUGUCAAUUGUAAUUCUUGACACCAAAAUAUUUUUUUUAAUCCAAUGAGUUCUGUAAAUUUCUGAUUUUGAUAAAAGCUCUAAAUCUACAUGUUGUUUCAUCUUGACCCAGGCUGGAAUGUGCUACAUCCACAUAGCCGCCCUGAUAGCUGAGUAUCUGAAGAGAAGAGGUGAGUUUUGAUGUGCAAAAUUUGAUUUGAUGACUGCACUUUUUUGUUUUCUUAUUUUGAGAGUUACUAUAAAAAGCUUUGUUUCUUACUAUCUUAUAUUUUGUUUGUCAAAGCUGGGUUUUGUCUUCACGCAGCUUUAUGUCUCAAUGGUUUUACUGUUAUUUAAAUUUUCAAAUGGGCUUUUUCGGGAUGUUUUCACAAAAACUUUCAGGAAAUUUAGUUUUGCCUUUUUUUGUUUGGUGUUUUUGUUUUUUGUUUUUUUUUAUUUGUAUUGUUGUUUUUUUCAAUUUUUUUUACUUUAUGAAUAAUUUACAAAUUCUUGUGAUCAUUUGUUCUUUUUAAUGGUAAAAAAUGUAAUUGAUCAAUCGGUUAUUUUUAAAACUGAACAAGUUCAUUGUAUUCUAGUUGAUAAAAACUGCUGCCCAUAUUUUGUGACUUACAUUUGGUUAAAAUAAUUUCUGUUGCUAUCAAUCAAUAAUGAACUAAAGCCUUCCCCUUACUUAUAAUAAUAAUGAUAAUAAUAGUAUCAUGCACUCAACAAUGAGUUUUGACUCAAAGGAAUAUUGAUAUUGUAACUCUGACUUUAGUAAGGCUAAAGUAGAUCCAUUUUCACAGCAGUUUUUCAAGUGACGUUUAAAACAAUAUUACUUUCAUUCCUGUUCGUUUAAAUCAUUUAUAUGCACAACAAAAGUUUAUGCAGUCGCAACUAUACCUUAGACUUGCUCACUUGUUCUCAACAGGGAAAUUAAAAUCUAGUAAGUCGACCACAGUUUUGUGAUGAGUGCAUUUUGGACGGUGUUCAUGGCCGAACUCUAACUCUUGCUACAUCAUAAACAUUAACUCCUAAUUAUUACUUAUUGCUCUUCUCACACUCUUUUAUAAUUUUGUUUUUAAAUAUAAGUGGAAAAACUUUUGUUGAUCACUUUUGUGCCCAGUUCUUUGUUCUUUCCUCUCACGGCAUUCGUUACCUUGCUGAACUAAAUGAGUGUAAUGAAAAAAAACCUGAGUCUAUUUAUGCAGCAUGAUCUACUCAAACUGUCCAAGUUUCUUCUUGUAGUCUUAACAAAACAUUAAACAACAGAACCUAUGAUACUGAGGUUAUGGAACAAACGACCAAACAAUAUUGGAGGGUGACAAACGUUGAACAGUUCUUUUUUUUUUUUUCAAGACCCAAUCAGCUGUCACCAGAAAAGGGGAGGGGCACACUUUUCCUUCCCCUCCCUUCCCCUCCCUCUUAAAAUCCCUCCAGUUACGACCUUCCACUUCCCAGAUAGAUGAGUUCAACUAGAGUUUGUAAAAUCCAACAUAUUCAACAAUAUCUUACUUUACUAAUUGGUAUCUUUUCCUCUCACAAACAUUCUAUGUUCAUGGAGCUGUGUCCAUCAAGGUCUCCAACAACGGUUCAAUGAGACCUUAGAUGAAUGCACUACCAGCUUAACAUUUCAUUUCUCAAAAUUACUAUAGACGCUUUUAUUUUUAAAACUUUUAUCCCGGGUAUAUAUAAAAAAAAAAAAGAAUGACAUUCUAGAACGACUUCAAAAAGUCUUUCAUAAUGUGACAUCUCCAUUCAACUAAAUUAUGAGAACUUAACUUUUUUUUUAGCACACUAUCUUACUAUACAGAAACCUAUAAAUGAGGUGCAGGUUUUUUUAAAUUGCAAAAGCCUGGAUUAUUCCUUCCAAUUUGACCACCGAUAAGUUGAGAUGUUAUCAAAUGAAUUUUGUUUACAUUUUUUACCUUGACCUUUCAGUGUUUACAGACAGGAAUCCACCAAGAAUUAUUCUUCUGUUAAUUAACCCCCAUCAGUUUUCUUGAUGUUGUCUGGUCCACUGCCUUGACGUGUUUUUCUCUUGUGCUUAUAUUGUCAGCUGUUGUAGGCUGAGCAUGUGUUAUGAUGUGUAGCAAAGGAUGGUUUAGUUGUCCAUGUCUCAUAGACACCUCAAAUGAGCUGUUUAAUCAUUUUCAAGGUGUAUAGAGCUUUUAUUGGAGACCUGUUUCGGUGCUGCUUUGAUAGUUUCAUUUCUUAACCAUAUGUUGGUGUCAUUGCGCAAAGUGAACUUGAAAAAUUGUUUUUUUUAAAUUUAAUACCAUAAAUAAAGAAUGUUGCUGCUAUGAUGACUGCAUUUCUAAGUACAGAGGACUGUAGUUAUUGUAUGUUGUUUUUUUGGCUAUAUGCGUAUGCAGUGACAGGGAGAGCAAAAAUCUUCAUCCAAUACUGCUUCUAGUUGAUUGACUUGCGUAAAAUGUGCUAGUAAUUUAGUAUUGAGUAGCUGCAGCAGUUUUUUUAAAGUAAUGACUAAUUCUGAUAUUAAUUAUCCUUUUAUAUGUUUCUGUUUCCUCCUCAUAUUUUUCCAUUAAUGAAUUUAACAAAACAUAUUCAACUCUGAGUCUAAACAUUCCCUUUCUAAGCUUCCAUCUCAUCAAUAUUUGAGAUCAAUUGUGUCAUGUUGAAAUAUAGGAAGCAAAGACUAAAGGCAGCUAAAGCAGUUAUAGUAUCCAUGGCAUUUCAAACAUUUUAUUCAGAGCAUCUCAAAUAUCUGAUUCAAACCGUUUAAAUACAUUUUUGUCCAGAGCAUUUAAAACAUUAAAAAUUGUAAUCUAUAAAAAGAGUUACAUAUUAAUUUGACUAAAUAAUUAGCUAUUAUUUUAUUUUUUUAUUAAUUUCUUUUUGUUAUGGGGAUGUUGGUUUGUGGGAUUCAGGUAAAUUAGUUUAAUUGAGAAAAUCCUGCUGUCUGACACUUGAUGCGUCUGCAUGACUCAGCAGCUGAAAUACCUAUCAAUAUUGAAGGAUGAAUUUUUUCAGGGAGUUACCCACAAGGAUGUUCAUCCUUUGGCUUUAUCUCAUCGAAUAUUGUUGUGGAGGAGGCGGGGAUCAAGGAUGACAGUGGCAUGCAGGACGUCCAGUAUUCAGAGGUAUCUUUUCAAAUGACCAUUGAAAAUAAUGUAUGGGUUUGAAUUGUUGUAGAGUUUUUUUUUGUAUUUUUGAAUGUAACAUUUGUUUAAAAUAGCAGCACAAGGUGUGUGGAAGAUUGAAUCAAAAUUCAGGACAAUAAGAUGUGGACGUUUUGGUUAAGAGCCUUCCUCAGCAGACAAAUACGACAAGAAAUAGAAACUAGUUAAAAACUCAGGUGAUGGCCAUUGUUAUUGCUAAAAGUUAGAUUUUCCAAAACCAAGAUUACAGGAAGUGAAAAAAUUAUUGUGUGUUUUAUGUUUGUGUGUUUUAUGCUUGUGAUAAUUUAUCAUUUCUUUGUGUCAUUAUUGUAUGUUUUAUGUUUGCAAUAAUUUAUCAUUUGAUGAUUGUAUCAUUUUAUGUAUAUAUUAGGUGUCCACCAUAAAUGAUGUCACCCAUGAAUUUGUGACAAUGUGGGAUAAAAGUAUCUAAUUAGUGUUAAAAUUUGUGACAAUGUGGGAUAAAAGUGUCUAAUUAGUGUUAAAAUUUGUGACAAUGUGGGAUAAAAGUGUCUAAUUAGUGUUAAAAUUUGUGACAAUGUGGGAUAAAAGUGUCUAAUUAGUGUUAAAAUUUGUGACAAUGUGGGAUAAAAGUGUCUAAUUAGGGUUAAAAUUUGUGACAAUGUGGGAUAAAAGUGUCUAAUUAGGGUUAAAAUUUGUGAUGACCGUCCAAAAUAUCAUGAUGUCAUUAUAGAUGUCCCCUUUUCAAUCAUUUUAUCUUUGUAUUGUUGUAUCAAUCAUGAUUUUUUUUGUUCCUUAAUAUUUUUGUAUCACUAAUUUUGACUGGUUCCAGGAAACGUUGGUUGAAUUCCUUGAAAAGGGAUCAGAGCUGCUGGAAAAAGCUCAAAGAUUUGAGAUUCUUGGUGACAUUUACAAACUGAUCAUUCCCAUUUAUGAGAAAACAAGAAACUUUCAGGUACGGUGUAGUUUUAUAUUUGGAUAGUGUUACUUGAAAUUGUUGACUGCACCUUUGUCAACUUGUGUCCAAGGAAUUUUUAUAUGCUCCUAACUGAAGGAUUGUUGCUGUCCUCCUUGGCAGCAUAUGUAAAUAAAAACAGGUCUUAUUGAGUCUUAUAAAGGGGGAAGGGCAUGCAUAUUAUAUAUAUAUACAUACACAUAUGCAUAUAUAAAUUAUAUAGAGUCUGUUAUAGUGCAGGAUGUGUAACACAUUAAUUGUCUUGAAGUUGACAUAUAUAAUUUUCAUUAGACUAAUAUUUAUAUUAACAGAAGCUUUUUUUUUCAAUUUAGUUUUGUCUUUCUUUGUUUAUUUUGAUAAUAAUUCAUCUCUCUACUUGAAAAUACCUUGAGUAGACUUUAUUUAAACAAUGAUAUUAUUUAUUAUUGGGAGUUUGGGUUUAAUCUCACUUGAUUGAUCUAUACAAAAUUAUCCCAAUGAAUUAAAAUUUAUUUGCCCAGAACAUUUAAAGAUUGUAUUGGUAUUAGUUGUUUUGUUACAGAAUUUGAUGAUAGGCGUACAGUUUGGGUGUAUUAAAGCAAUCAAAAUAGUAGUGUGAUAUUGGGUGCACCAUCAGUUUGGCCCAGACAAUACAGACCAAGAAAUCAGUCCCCGUCCUAUUCAAAAUUGGCCCAGACAAAAAGGUCCCUGACAAUGUGACUCCCAACAAAAGUGCCCCAGUCAUUUUGGUCCCCAACAAUAAGGCCACCAUCUAUUAGUCUCCAGUCAAAAGGGCCCAAAGAACUGGGCCCACGACAAAAUGUCAGCUGACAAAAGCCUACCCUCCCCUGGUCCUAGAGCAUGACGUACUUCAUGGAAGGACAUGUCCAUAACAGAAAUCAGUUGGUUGUGAAACUUUGCUGCUUUCAGGACCAUUGGAGAAUGCAUUAUAACAUGUCCAUAACAGAAAUCAGUUGGUUGUGAAACUUUGCUGCUUUCAGGACCAUUGGAGAAUGCAUUAUAAAAUCCUAUUGCUGGUCUGAAUCAGAUCCAUAAAACCGAUAAAGUUUUGCCAAAACCAAAAAGAUAUUAACUAUUGUUAAAUUUUAGAUAACUUAAAUACACACCAAAAAUAUAAGUUACACAUUUCUCAUACCCCUCCCCACAGUGGUUCGAGGCCCUGCAUGAUGCAAUUCUGUUAUAAAGCUUUUUAAAGGGGGGAGGGGGGGGGGCUGCAUUUUUGUCAAGAGCUAUUUUGUUGGGGGCCAUGUUUUCAGGGACCCUUUCGUGGGGAGCCAUAUGGGGCUUAUUGAUAGGGGCCCUUUUAUCAGGGUAUUAAUUGAUGGGGCCAUUUUUUGGGGGGCCCUUUUGGCGAGCCGGUUUGUCAAGGCCAAUUUGUCUCAAGCCAUUUUGAUGUGACCAUGUUUUAUGUUUAUCAUUAAACCUGUAAAUUAUAUUUUGUUUCUAAUCUUUCACAUCUAGAUCAGUUCAAGGCCCCUUUUUAAAUAUUGAAUCAUGUCUUAUGUUUCCAUUAAUGAAUUGAUCUGUCACACCAGAAAUUGGAGAGAAGUUACCAGUAUCUGGCAAAGGCCUACGCAAGUGUCUUGGAUGUCAUGAAGACAGGCAAGAGACUGUUAGGGAGGUACUACUUGGUCACCCUGUAUGGCCCGGUAAGAUUGCAGUCAUAAACAUUCCACUCACCUUCAUUCUAAAGUCAUCUAUUGUUUUAUGUAGUUAUUAAUUUAACUUUAAUAAUGUUAUAAUUUUGUGUUCUGUAAGAUAAUGUAAACAAGGGGACAUUCUCUUCUAAUUGAUCAUAGAGCAAACUAAUUGCUUUGUGAGGAGAAACUUUAAAAACUCAGAUUUUUUUAGAUAUAAGUGAAAAACAUUAUUGUUUGGAUUUAAGUGGAGAAGUUCUAUCAAAUGUACAUAACUUUCUCAAUAAAUCUCAUGUGUUUACUCUAUUCUCAGACUUAUUUCUAAAAAAAAUCCCAUGUGUUUACUAUAUUCUCACUUAUUUCUCAAUAAAUCCCAUGUGUUUACUCUAUUCUCAGGCUUAUUUCUCAAUAAAUCCCAUGUGUUUACCCUAUUCUCAGACUUAUUUCUCAAUAAAUCUCAUGUGUUUAUUCUCAGACUUAUUUCUCAAUAAAUCCCAUGUGUUUACUCUAUUCUCAGACUUAUUUCUCAAUAAAUCCCAGGUGUUUACUCUAUUCUCGGACUCUUUUCUCAAUAAAUCCCAGGUGUUUACUCUAUUCUCAGACUUAUUUCUCAAUAAAUCCCAUGUGUUUACUCUAUUCUCAGAUAUUUCUCAAUAAAUCCAUGUGUUUACUCUAUUCUCAGACUUAUUUCUAAAUAAAUCCCAUGUGUUUACUCUAUUCUCAGACUUAUUUCUAAAUAAAUCCCAUGUGUUUACUCUAUUCUCAGACUUAUUUCUCAAUAAAUCCCAUGUGUUUACUCUAUUCUCAGACUUAUUUCUCAAUAAAUCCCAUGUUUUUACUCUAUUCUCAGACUUACUUCUCAUUAAAUCUCAAAUGUUUACUCUAUUCUCAGACUUAUUUUGAAGAUGAAGAUAAGAAAGAGUAUAUCUACAAGGAGCCAAAGGUAACAACCUUGACAGAAAUCAGAGACAGGCUGCACAAGUUGUUUAAUGAGAAAUUCGGUCGAGACAAUGUUCAGAUGAUAAACGAUUCAAAAAAGGUGAGACUACCCUACACACCUUUUUUUUCUUCCAUCAGACUGAGUCUGAGUGCUUUGCUUAAAUUAAUCCAGAUUGUUUAGUGCUUUGUUUCAAGAAAAAUGGCAGGUCAACUGUCAUGGCUUCAGGAUAGAAAAUAGUUUUCUUUAUGGCAUUGAUCGUUAUACAAAUGAAAAGCAAACAUCUUCAUGACUUUUCAGUUAACCCCGAAUGAACUUGACCCAAAGUACGCUUACAUACAAAUCAUCUACGUAACACCGUACUUUGAGGAAACUGAUCUUGGCAACAGGGUGACGGACUUUGAGCGUAACAACAAUGUACGCAACUUCAUGUAUGAGCUCCCCUUCACCCGGUCGGGCAAGGAACAAGGCAGCAUCGAGGAGCAGCACAAGCGCAGGUUUAUUAUAACCAGUAGGUUUAUAUAGUCAGUAGGUUUAUUAUAACCAGUAGGUUUAUAUAGUCAGUAGGAUUAUUAUAACCAGUAGGUUUAUAUAGUCAGUAGGAUUAUUAUAACCAGUAGGUUUAUAUAGUCAGUAGGUUUAUUAUAACCAGUAGGUUUAUAUAGUCAGUAGGUUUAUUAUAACCAGUAGGUUUAUAUAGUCAGUAGGUUUAUUAUAACCAGUAGGUUUAUAUAGUCAGUAGGUUUAUUAUAACCAGUAGGUUUAUAUAGUCAGUAGGUUUAUUAUAACCAGUAGGUUUAUAUAGUCAGUAGGUUUAUUAUAACCAGUAGGUUUAUAUAGUCAGUAGGUUUAUUAUAACCAGUAGGUUUAUAUAGUCAGUAGGUUUAUUAUAACCAGUAGGUUUAUAUAGUCAGUAGGUUUAUUAUAACCAGUAGGUUUAUAUAGUCAGUAGGUUUAUUAUAACCAGUAGGUUUAUAUAGUCAGUAGGUUUAUUAUAACCAGUAGGUUUAUAUAGUCAGUAGGUUUAUUAUAACCAGUAGGUUUAUAUAGUCAGUAGGUUUAUUAUAACCAGUAGGUUUAUAUAGUCAGUAGGUUUAUUAUAACCAGUAGGUUUAUAUAGUCAGUAGGUUUAUUAUAACCAGUAGGUUUAUAUAGUCAGUAGGUUUAUUAUAACCAGUAGGUUUAUAUAGUCAGUAGGUUUAUUAUAACCAGUAGGUUUAUAUAGUCAGUAGGUUUAUUAUAACCAGUAGGUUUAUAUAGUCAGUAGGUUUAUUAUAACCAGUAGGUUUAUAUAGUCAGUAGGUUUAUUAUAACCAGUAGGUUUAUAUAGUCAGUAGGUUUAUUAUAACCAGUAGGUUUAUAUAGUCAGUAGGUUUAUUAUAACCAGUAGGUUUAUAUAGUCAGUAGGUUUAUUAUAACCAGUAGGUUUAUAUAGUCAGUAGGUUUAUUAUAACCAGUAGGUUUAUAUAGUCAGUAGGUUUAUUAUAACCAGUAGGUUUAUAUAGUCAGUAGGUUUAUUAUAACCAGUAGGUUUAUAUAGUCAGUAGGUUUAUUAUAACCAGUAGGUUUAUAUAGUCAGUAGGUUUAUUAUAACCAGUAGGUUUAUAUAGUCAGUAGGUUUAUUAUAACCAGUAGGUUUAUAUAGUCAGUAGGUUUAUUGUAACCAGUAGGUUUAUAUAGUCAGUAGGUUUAUUAUAACCAGUAGGUUUAUAUAGUCAGUAGGUUUAUUAUAACCAGUAGGUUUAUUAUAACCAGUAGGAUUAUUAUAACCAGUAGGUUUAUAUAGUCAGUAGGUUUAUUAUAACCAGUAGGUUUAUAUAGUCAGUAGGUUUUAUUAUAACCAGUAGGUUUAUAUAGUCAGUAGGAUUAUUAUAACCAGUAGGUUUAUAUAGUCAGUAGGAUUAUUAUAACCAGUAGGUUUAUAUAGUCAGUAGGAUUAUUAUAACCAGUAGGUUUAUAUAGUCAGUAGGUUUAUUAUAACCAGUAGGUUUAUAUAGUCAGUAGGUUUAUUAUAACCAGUAGGUUUAUAUAGUCAGUAGGUUUAUUAUAACCAGUAGGUUUAUAUAGUCAGUAGGUUUAUUAUAACCAGAAGGUUUAUAUAGUCAGUAGGUUUAUUAUAACCAGUAGGUUUAUAUAGUCAGUAGGUUUAUUAUAACCAGUAGGUUUAUAUAGUCAGUAGGUUUAUUAUAACCAGUAGGUUUAUAUAGUCAGUAGGAUUAUUAUAACCAGUAGGUUUAUAUAGUUGGUAGGAUCCAUAUUAUUAAAUGGUUGGUUUCUUUGUGACCAGUAAGUUUAAUUUGUAGCAUGCUUGAGCCAUUUUCAGUUUUUCAGACCUGGUUUUUUGAGAGUUAAUGAUAUACAAAUGUGCCCCCCCCCCUUCCACCCAAACAUCUUGUAUGUGCCCCCCCCCCUUUCACCCAAACAUCUUGUUUGUAUGGUAUUAUAAAGUAAACAUUUAUAUUUUUUGUUUAGAACAUAAUAUUAAAUAUUGAAAUUGUGCUUAACUGUGUUUGCAUUCAUGCCUCCAGAUGAUGUUUUUAAAUAUUUUAGAUGAACGGAAACCAGACACCACUAACCCCCCCCCCUCCCCCUUUUCUGUGUGCCUCAGGUGUUAAAAUGUUAAAAUUGCUGUGUCCAUUAUCUUGGAGACAUCAUGCACCCCUGCACAUGACUUACUAAAAUAUAUUCUUAUUUAGCUAGGGGCUUAACAAAAAGCAUAAGAUAAGUUAUCUGCCUACUAAGUAGGCUACUUGAUUCCAUUCAGAUGUCCACGCGACUCAUGUUGGUUUAAACUGUUACUAGAAUUAGGGUUACAUUGAAACUGUCCGGUCCAGAAUUCAGUUCUUUUUUAAAUGUUUGCUUCAGCGGCCCACUCGUUCCCUUAUGUCAAGAAGAGGAUUGAAGUGAAAGAGGGAGGGUGGAAGGAGGUCGUCCUCACUCCCAUUGAGGUGGCCAUUGAUGAGAUGAGGGGAAAGGUCGCAGACCUGAGGGAGGCCAUCAACAGCCCGGUUCCAGACAAGAUUGGUCUACAACUUAAGCUUCAGGGAGGAGUCAGCACUCAGGUAAGCUAGGGAUAGAGAAGAGUCAGCACAUAGGUAAGCUAGGGGUAGAAAGGGAGUCAGCACUUGGGUAAGCUAGUGUAAGGAGUCAGCACUCUGGUAAGCUAGGGCUCUAUUUCCUCAAAUUCCUACACACAGUUCCAAGGUGUGUCCAUUUCCUUCCAUUCAUAUCUGCUGUUGUUUUUUUCCCCAGGUCAAUGCAGGUCCAUUAGCCUAUGCUGAGGCCUUCCUGGACCCUGAGAAAAUAGCCAAAUAUCCUGUGGAUAAAAGUGACAGACUCAAAGCAGUGUUUAGGUGAGACUAUGUUAGAGUCAUUGACUUGUGUGUGUCUGUGUUAUUGACUUGUAAGAGUCUGUGUUAUUGACUUGUAAGAGACUGUGUUAUUGACUUGUAAGAGACUGUGUUAUUGACUUGUAAGAGACUGUGUUAUUGACUUGUAAGAGACUGUGUUAUUGACUUGUAAGAGUCUGUGUUGGAGUUAUUGACUUGUAAGCCACUACACAAAAUAACAGCUUGAUGGGAAAAGAAUUAUAAAUUACAUUGAAACAAAUUGUUCAUAAAUUUAAUAUUUCACUUUAUAGACUUUUUAAAAAUUAUUUUAAAUAGCUAUGAAGAAAGUAAAUUUCAAUAACAAAAUUUGUGAGCUUAGUGGUCCCCAACUGGUGAUUGGCGGGAGUUUCUCAGGGGCUUCAGGAAAUAAAAUAACUGUUCACUUUUUUUUUAUAUUAGGUCAAAGGGACCACCCCACAGAAAUUAAUUCUAAAAAGGUCUCUGUGCAUCAAAAAUGUUGGGAACCACUGUCUUGGCUUAUCAGUAAAUUCCCAUAGCUAUUUUAAAUACAAUUCAGUGUCCAAAACCUGAAAUUUUAGACAAAAUGCAACACCAUAGAAAGGUUUAAAUUAGAAUGUUUGAAAUGGAUAUAGCAAUGUGAAUACUUGAUACUUAAUAACAGAAGCUGUUGAAAUAGGUUUACUUUUGGUAGCGGUAAAUGAGGUUGAUAUCUAUUCUUGUAUAGCAAGGUUUCAUUGAAUCCUAUGAUGGGGGGACACAUUGAAUUGGUCAUUUAAGUCAGUGAGGUUGAUGUGUGCAGAUGUCAAACUCUUGCUUCAGACGAGCCCCGGCCCGACUGAAGUCUGUUUAAAACUGUUUCCUUGUUGUCUCCAGGGAUUUUGUGAUGACCUGCAAAGAUGCCCUUGACCUCAACGCCAAACUGAUAGCCACUGAACAAAAAGAGUAUCAUGAAUCUCUCAAGGCCGGCUUCCAAGAAAUCGCUGAGAGGUUGUCCAUCCUGUUAGGUGAAAAGGUAAGGUCAUCCUGACCUACCAUUACAAAACAUGUACACUGACCCUUACAGUGGAGAUGUCUUCCUGGAGACAUUCAAGUUUUUAUUGUGAAUUUCUGGGGGUAAAGAAAAAGCUUGGGGACUUAUUGUUCAUAAUCAAACAAAGAUGUUUACUGUUUCUAGUUUCAUUCAUCACAUUCAUAUUUUUUCAUUAAAAAAAAAAUUAAAACAGUAAAACUGAGAUUGUGAGCAUAAUUCAUUCAGGAAAAGUACUUGUCAUCCAAAGUCUUCUUGUAUCAGAAAGAAUUUCACCAUAAGAAAUAAUGAAAACUCAGAUGAUUUGUUCCACACCACAUACCAAUUAUAUUCACAUAAAAAAUGAUAGGAUUAAAAUGCAUGUGAUGCUUUGCGCACACAGUGGGCUUCCAUGGCGAGAUGUCACUUGCAUAUCAUGUCAAAACUUGUUUAUUUCUAAUUUUCGUCUUGGGGAAUACUCUCAAACCAAAUUGCUCGCAGUUGGGGGGGGUUUUACUGUUUUUGGAAAGUGGUGAAAAAUUUUUUUUAUAUUAUAAGUAUAUUUUUUAAUUUGAGGAGUUAUGGGAUUUUGUUAAUACUGAGCAGAGGCGGAGUUUUCUCUGAUGCCUGCCAAGUCUUGCAUGUUUCUGCUUACAGUUUUGUCUACUAAGUGCUCUUGUCUUCUACCCAUGUGUCAAACUGUUUUUAUUGCAUGCCUUUUAAACCCUGGCUGAGUUAUCCUGAAUGUCACUCUAGCUGUUUGACAACUGUCACUUUCUUUUAUCACCAAAUGGUUUUAUCCCAAUUGUCACCCAGGUUGUUGACAACUGUUAAUCUAUCACUGAAUGGCUUUAGGCACAAGUUAGGAUGGAACAAUAUAUAAUAAUAAUCUCUUUUACACUGGUCAGUCGGGUCAUUAUUUUUCUUCCCUGUUAAAAUAUUUUUUUUCUAUGAAAUUUAUUGUAUGUUGUGCAGUUUUCAAAGUUGUAUGCCGUACAUGUUUUUUCCCAUUUUUAAUGUUUAGUGGACAGAUUUCAUGGCUCUUGUCUGACAAUUAGUCCAGAACAGAAGCUCAGGCAAUCUACUCUUUAUAAAAUAUACAUUUUCAACAACCCUGUACCAUUGCCCUGAAGCACAAUUAUCCUCUACUAGUGAAAGUGGUAGUUUAAAGUUUAAAAUUGACCAGAGGAAAAGGGUUAUCCCCCAUAGCUUUGUGACAUGUCCAAAUUUAUCUUCGUGUAUGACCGUUUAGUGUAUGAGCGUUUAGUGACGGAGUAAAGUCCAUAAGUAAUCUAUUUAACUUUUGUGCUGUUUAACAAAGGGCAUCUUUUGACUUAUGCACAAAAGCGAUAACUAAUAGAUAGUUAUUUCCACCAUUUAAAUCUCAUUGAGUCCCAGUUAUUACCAAUAUCUAUCUCUGAGUAACCUAUCCCAGUAAGUACGCAAAUAAUAGUAGAUGUUAUUUUUACCAAUCAUCUAAUGAAACCCUCUGAGAUAGUAGGAGAUGCGAUAACCAGAAUUGAACCAGGCAUAUGAACUAAUGAGAAAUACACCCCCAUUUUGCAAUAGGUAGUCCUUGGAGAUGUCAAACACAACCGUCCAGGUAAGCUAGCGCCAUGCAUAUCAUACACACUUAGUAUGGGGCAUAUAUUGUGUAGAAAGAUAGUGUAAUGGAAAUGAAGUGGAAUGGUGUAGUCUAGAUUUAAUACUACAGAACUUAUUCAAAUAUUUGCAGGCUUGUUGAACUUAAAUUCUUCAUCUCUUUCCUUAUUUUCCUUCUACUUGCUUGUGACACAUAUAUUUUAUAAAAUCUUAGUUUUUUCUUUCUUGGCCUUCACUAUUCUGUUUCAUGCAUCAAUACCAUUUAAACCUCCCUAAUGUAGACAGUAUUGUUUCCUGUGUGCCCUAAUCUUAACUGCAGCUUUGGUUCCCAGCUUGGUCCCAAGGAGAUAUCGGGUUAGAUUUAAUUUUCAAAUUGGUAGAGAGAACAAAAUUGUAAAUGAAGCAAUAACCUACUGACCAACCGUUGAUCAACAGCCGAGGAAUGUAGAAAAUAAACACCCAUUCUUCAUCUUAGCUAAUACCAAAAAGUUUGUACUUAAAUAUCAAAGGUUUUAUUGUGGCAGCAUUGAAAGACCCAGAGAUUGGCAACGGGAAGUAUGAUUUUAUUGAUCGGGAUGUAGGGUGUAAAUCUAAUGCAACAAAAUUUUUGGUAACUCAGAAAAUACCCCAGACAGAAAACAAUCAGAAACAUUGUAAUGCCUUUUGGGCCCUGGGACCUGGGAGAGCAAUGGGGGGAAUUUUAUUUGUGAAUUAAUUAGCUGAUUAAACUAAAAAUAUGGCUAAGUUUAAAAGGUAAUAAUUGAUGCCCUGUACACCAAUCUCCUAUCUGAAAUAAUUUCAUCAUGAAAUGUCUGGGUAUAUGUCUGGGUAUGAUAUGUCUGGUUAUCAGUAGUUGCCAUGGAGGUUGGUCUGAUGUAGUUAUAUUUACAGGUUAUUAGUUUGAAAUGAAGAAAUAGUUGCUAUGAAUUCUGAUGGGGGCAGAAUUACUAUAAGCUCAAGGACUGGUUUCUGUCAAGUAGUUUGGGAAAUUACGUUUGGUUAAAUAAUGAAUGUGUGGCAUGCCUUACAGAGUGCAGCAUGUUCUAAACUUCUGGAAAAUUAAUGAAUGUUUGGGGUUUUUUGGUUUGUUUUCUUUAAUUUGAUGCUUGUUUUUUGUAGUUUUUUUGCCAUUCAGUGAUGUAACUGAAUUUGAAAAUGUUUAAGUUUCUAGAAUGUCUCGCUAAUAUUUUUCUUCAAGCACAAAUUUAUAAGUUUAAGUUCCUAGAAUGUCUCGCUAAUAACUUUUCUUCAAGCACAAAUUUUUAUAAGUAUAUAUAUAUAUAUAUAUAUAUAUAUAUAUAUAUAUAUAUAUAUAUAUAUGUGUGUGUGUGUGUGUGUGUAUAUUUAUCUCUAUCUGAUGCACCCAAUUUUUUAUAAACACAUAUAUUUAUAUAUAUAUAUAUAUAUAUAUAUAUAUAUAUAUAUAUAUAUAUAUAUAUAUAUAUAUGUGUGUGUGUGUGUGUGUGUACAUUGAACUCUAACUGAUGCACCCAAGAUCUAGCAACCCAUUACAGUGGCAUACAUGUCUAUUAAUAUAGCCCCAUAGUUAGGUAGCUGGUCAUAACGUUUUAACGCAUAUUUAGCAGUAGAUCUCUGUAGUCUUAACUCAGGUCAAAAUGUAAAGUAUGUGUUGGUCAUAUUGUCUUAAAUCAAGAUUUGGCUAAGACUAUGUGGUUAGAAAUCCUAAGUGUGUAUGUGAGACACAAUUACCAGUGAAAAUGUGUCCCUGGGCGAACAUGUGUCAGACACAAUUAUUAGUGAAGAUGUGUCCCUAGUUAAACAUCUGAAACACAAUUACCCACGAAAAUGUGUCCCCCACGUAAACAUGUCAGACACAGUUACCAUGAUGUGUCCUAAUUCAAACAUGUUUGUUAAACACUAUUACCAAGGUGUGUCGCCAGGUCAUGUACAAUGCUCAUUUAGUUUGUUUUUUCUCCAACUUAUCUCUUACAAAUUAAAACUCUUUAAAAAAAUAUAUACAUCCUCUUACUUUAUCUUUAUACUGCUUUAUCGUUUGUGUAGAUUUUUGUUUAAUAUUGUAGUUUUUCAAGCUUACAGAAAACCCAUUCAAUCUAACAUUUGUUUGCAUUGUUUAAGAUAUUAAAUGAUAAAAUGCUGUAGGUGAAAAGAGAUUGAGCAUUCAGUUUUCAGUAAAAUUGAAACAUUUUAUUAAAGAAUUCCUUCAAUGUUAUGCUUUGUCUACCUACAGUUCUGUAUUCAAAAAUAUGUGUUUUAAUCAGUUUUAAAGGAAAACAAUAUUUUUCUUCAUUAAUGGGUUAAAAAAUUUAAUUAAAAAAUCAAUUAGUUGUUUCUACCUCCUGUGACAUUCCCCUUUUAAAUUUAAUAUCAACUUUUCUAUUUUAUAAUAUCUUGAACUGAUCCAGUCAACUUGCUACAUAGAUUAAAUUUUUGCUUUUCAAUUCUUGUACGUCAUCAAGUCAGACAUUAUUUUACACCUUUUCAAAAUUCACCCUUUUCAUUUAAAAAAAAAACUGUUUCCUUUAAAUUUCCAGAUAGUUCCGCUUGAUUGGCUGAAUGUUCAUCAGAGGCAGUCCAUGACCUUCCUUAGUGGCAUAACUGGUUCAAGUUCAGCAUAAUUCAAAUCAUGUGAUUCCAGACUGAGAUGAGUUUGUGAGGGAAACCUGGACAUGCCACGGACAGAACUGAGAGCCACUGCCAGAAUGGACAUGGUUUGAGUGCCGCCUGAUGAGUUUCCGCU